AUGUCAGUCCAGGUUGUGGCAGCGAAAAUGGCAGAGGUCGAACUCAAAGACGUCCCCACCGGCAAAGACUUACCGGCUGACUCUCCUCUGACACCGACCUCAGAGGGCAAGAACAUCGCCAGGAACGAACCGCACGAGGCCGGUUCCUCUGCGGCUGCUUCCCCUACAGCGGAGUCGUCCGCGAAAGCCGGGGAAGGUUUGCUCACCCCGAACCCCGCGAAGAUGCCGCAGGCGUCGGCAAUGAAGCGGUCGGAUCCGCAGCAGAACGGCGGAGAGGCUUUUGUCAAUCGUGACGGUACCGUCGCUGAAGCCCCACGGAUGAAGAAGGUGAGUGGGACAACAUUUUACUCUGAUAGCUGACAAAUCCUCGGUGAUAUUGGACCACCUCUAAGCACCUCUCUCCGCAAUGAGAGCUCGCAUGGUUAGAGCUGGCAUUGUGUGGCGAUGCUAACAGGCUAACUGGUCUCAAAGCUGAUUCAACUGAGUCAGCUAAUGUUUUAAAUUAUGGUCCUCGGUGCAAAUAACAACAUAUGGUGCGUUGCAAUGACUUAACUCUGUCUGAAUGGCGGUUUCCUCAAAGCUGGCACAGCAAAAAAUUAAAGACAUGAACCCAGUGGAUGCAAGAAAGUACCCAACUCUUUCUACAAGUUUAGGAGAGGGGAAAGAAGAGAGUUAAAUUCAUCUUUUUGGGAGAUUUGUAUAAUUAUCAUUGAGCCAUUUCAUGCCCACAGAUAACACAUAAACCCUCGCAGCAUGUACUGUGUAUAAAAUCAUUAUUGUCAGUCUAACCUGCUGUCACAUUGGCAUUAUUAGAUAGCAAUUCUGCUUGGUCAACAACUUGACAAUAUGGUCACUUGUAGUUUCAGGACACGUGGUGCCAUGUUGCAGAGGAGAGCCUGCAAAUUAUAUAGGUUUGGUUUUCAUUGGGGGGUUCAUUUGUGUUAUUAUAGAGUGGGGUCUGCAACAGUAAAGUAGUAUAAACAUUACAGAGAAGGAUGAUCAUGAUCGUGCCAGUGUGUUUCCCCAGGAGUUCAUGCUCUCCUGGGUUAGUUCACAUAAUGUUAUCAUCACGCUUGACCUCAGAUUUGUGUACUAUACAAGUCCCAGGUUUAGGUACAUGCAAAGCUAUAUUUAGUUAGGCUAUUCAAGUGCCACCCAAAGUGUGUGAUCUAACUUAGACAAAACAGUAGUCAGUAAUCCAUGACCCUGGGGCACUCCUGUCACCUAGUUUUCCCAAGCCUGAUUUAGCCUUUAUGACACCCACGCUCAAGAGACGGGAGUUCCUGCUCUUGUAGCUUAAAUCAGAGGUCAGACCCGAGUUAGCAUGGAUUUUUCUUGGAGAGCAAUAAUCUAAACAGCUGCUCGGCUGUGGUUGGCCUUAUCUUUCAGCGCCACAUGAAGUCCUGAUUAAGCGGCGGAUCUUGAGCAAAGUGCAAAGAAAACACUGUUUUUGAUGAGUAAUGCUCAGAGGAACUUCAGCCUCUGUUCCUCACGUCAGAACUGUUUUUAGGAGUUGACAAUGAUUUGUAGCCUGCGGUCUUUGUGAUGCACUUUAUCAGAGGUAGUCAGAUUCAGGAAUUGAUUUUAGAUAUGUGUAUGGUGAGACUCGCUCUGGUAUAUUGACUUCCUGCAGGCUUGUGGUCUUAACUAGCACAGUGUGUAAAAGGUUGCUUUCGAAAUGGGCUGUAUUCAUCGGUUCGACAGUUUCUGCUCCUCCCUGUGGGAUUAAUGCAGAAUACUUGUUUGGUGUGUUUUCACAAUAAACCAUUGAGAUGGAAAGCUAAAAGGUGAAGCUGACGCUAAGGUGAAACCAAUGGACAGAACAAGUCGGAUGGGAUGCCCUUGCUGUCACCCACACCUUCGACUACGUCACCCUAAUCCCAUAAUAUAACCUUUAAGGAACCACCAACAAGAGACCCAAAGUGAGAGCUCAGCUCAACAUCGCAGUGUGAGAAUGGACUGCGCACCAACAGCAGCACAGACCAGAUGGCUUUUCAUACCUCACUCUUUUACAGUGAGCAGGCACAUGGAAGGACUGGGCCCGCUGGCUGAACCACAAUUGGGGGACAGCCAAAAACCGGACGUGCUGGACAGUAACUGCCACAUCUGGAUGGUCCAGGAGACUAGAUUUGCAUACAGGACAAUGGUACAGAAGGUUAACACCCAGGAUGCUUUAUGUUGGUAUAAUUACUAGAAAUAUAAUCAGUGGGAGUUUGUUGUUUAGUAUCUGUUGAAAUCUAUAUGUCUACGCUUGUUGUGUCUUCAACAGGUGAAGUUGUAGAAUAUCUCCUAGAGCAGUGGUUCUCAAGUCCAGUCCUCGAGGCCCACUGUCCUGCAUGUUUUGGAUGUUUCCCUGCUCCAACACACCUGAUUUAAAUGAUCAGCUCGUUAUUAAGCCAGUACAGAGCUUGAUAACGAGCUGAUCAUUUGAAUCAGGUGUGUUGGAGCAGGGAAAUAUCCAAAACAUGCAGGGCAGUGGGUCUCGAGGACUGGACUUGAGAACCACUGUCCUAGAGUACCAACAGAGUUGUUUUUAUUGGUAUUCUAAUAUUCUCGAAUGCAAGCUGGUACUUUGAAGGUGUGUUAAUGGCUUGCUAUUUUGAAUUUCUUUGGGACCAGGUGUAGAUAAUCUUUUUGACAGUCAAAAGAAUUCAAACAAUGCUCUUGUCAUAGGUGGAAAUGAUUUAAUGUAAGGCUGAUGUUUACGAAAAGCCUGUAUAAUCCAUUGUAAUUAGGAGAGAUUGCAUGUUAAAGUAAAAGGAAACUGGAUGACAGCAAUUAUUCUAACCAGAGAGGCAGGCUCUCUGAGCUCUCAGGGUCGAAGGCUUUCUAUUUUCCAAUCAUGCUAAUGCAAAGACCACUGGUUGGUUAAUAUAAAGGAAGAGAUACAUUCAUACUUGUACUCUAUAUAUAUUAAUACAAGUGCUUUAUCAGUGGGAUCAACCUUUUGUAGGGAAUGUCCAACUGGGACAGAAGGUUGCCUUCAGCCUAUUUAUAGAUCACACAGUGUAGUGGGUCCUAUAGCACAAUGCAUUAUAGAUAUACGACCACAGCCUGGCCAUACGCAUCUGCUGUAGUCUGCCUGCCCUGUGCAGCAAAGUGUAAGCGAAGCAGUGAGGCUGAUGCAGUGAUGCAGGCAGGCAGCAGUGUUGACUGAGAGAGUGACUGGAUGACUGACUGGCAUUUAAUCCUUCAUCAUGUCGUCACAUGAGGGGAUUAAAAAGCCAGCUCUCAGUCGUAGGUGGGUCCAGAUGUAGGCUUUUUUUUCUCGCCAGUGAUGAGUUUCAUCAUAGCACGGCGUUAGUCACGAAUAUCUCCGGCUUCCGGGAAGUCCAGGGUGAUACCUCCAGCUUGGAGUAAUGAAGUCUAGUACAGAGCUUUACAGGCCGCAGGAGAGUUUGCGGCUUUUAGCAGGGGCUACAAGAUGGAAUGAAAAUCUACCAUGUUGACGAUAAGUGUUCAUACAUUGAUGUGAAUGCAUGGCAGUGAGAAAUGCAAACUCAGGUGUGAGACACAGUCUGUGCCUUUUCUCUGUUUCCUAUUUGCUACACAUAAGUUGUAUUUGUGACAAGUUAAAGCUCUUAAAUUCAUUGUUAUUCCUAAAAUCAAGAAUAAAUAAUAUCAUACACACUCUGUGGACUACCAUAAUGAUAGAGUGCCGACGUUAUUCAAACACUUGGAUGCAUUUUUAUGUUAGUUGUUUGUUUUCUCAUCUUGAAGACUAAGAUAUAGAUCAAUAUUUCCACUUUGUGUAAUUCUAUUGAUGAUCACUUAUUGACGUGCUACUCCAUAUUGAUGUUAUUAAACAGAACUACGACUUGUCCUUCAUUAAUGUCCUCUCCAUCCUCCAAUGGUGCCAGCUGACACGCAACUGAUGGCUAUAAUCCUGAUGCUAACCAGUCAAAUUUUAGCUUGGAUUUCAUCUGAUCGGCCAAAUGGUGUACAUGCAUGGUCUAGUAUGGAUUCAAGGUUGCAUCUCAUAGGACUAAUAUUUGCAGACACAAUGUGAAUAUAGUGUACAUAUUACGGGUGUCCUGAUACCAUAUUGAUAUCGGUCCGAUAUUAGCAAAAAGUGAAUAUCGGAUUAUACCUGCCCGCAUUUAAAAUCUCCGAUAUCAGCACUCCAAUACAAGCAGUCCAUUCCAGACUCUGCUCUGGCACCUCUGUCUGAUCCAGCAAGCUGAGCCCACAAAAUCACAACAACUGUGUGUACUAAGGUACUAACAAAGUAGCAAGGAGUAGGAGUGAUGUCGGCUGUGUGGCAGUAUUUUUCGUUAAAGUCCGAAAAAGACAUUGCAGCUGAGUGAAAAACUCAUCAUGCACAAGUUGUGUCAAUAUCAGAUCAAUAUCGGUAUCGGUCAGUAUUGAAGGCUACAAUAUCGGUAUUGUAUUGGUAGUGAAAAAGUUGUAUCAGGAGUACAUAUACAUUAAAUGUUCCUUACUCAUCACAGUUCAGACUUACAUUCGUACUGAGUUUAAUUCCCAGCCAAUGAAUUCUAACAGGUCUCAUUUGAAUUCACAGUGAGCACUUGUCUGGCUGUACUGCAGCCUUGUUUUAGGACGUUUUAUCCGUGAGUCCACUGACCAAACACAGAGUUUUCCACUCAUAAAUUUGUAAACCACUUGUGAACAGCUUGUGAAUCUUGGAAAAAAAAUAAAAACGGGACUUCCCAGCAAUGUUUUCAUAGUUGUGCAGUGACCAGUCUGAAGACUCUGCAGCACAGUUGCUUCACGAGGUCAUCCCUUUUGAGCUAAUGUUAUGUCAUCCAGUAAGCUGGUGUUCCUGGUAACGCUCACUGCUAAACAGGCUUAAACUGGCCUGUGGCUGCUCUACUUGAGCGGAGGACUCUUCGUGGAAUACUAGGUAAUGGAUCCAGAAAGAUAGUCAGGGUUUGAAUCGGUGCGUCACUCUCCCCUGACUAUAUCUGCUGUUGCAUCAGUUCUCCUUACUCCAAUUUAGUGGCCUAUUUAAAGCCUCUUUCAAAACUCCUGUUGUAUUGAAUUCAGUAUUGUAGCCACAACAGCAUUUUUUUUUUUAAUCCAAGCAAGCAGGUGAAAUUUGUAUGUUUUAAAACUAAAGACAAGAAAAUAAAUAUACCCAGUUAUCCUUUUAGAGCUGAAUGCUAAGACUCCAGAUUGUAGUUUGCCCAUAAGUUCCCCUAACAAUCUUCUGAGCACACAUAGUUUGGUUGCAAAUGUUGAGGAGUCACUGCUCUAUGGGUUGCUGUCCUCAUACAGGAUCACUGAGUGUCUCCCUCAGACAGCCUCUGACUCAAUAGAGAUCAUGUAAUUCUCUUUACCAGACUCUGUUUUAUAUGUGAGUCAACUCCCAGACUGAGCUGGUCUCUUGUGUGUGCUCAAGUCUGUGCACUUUACUGAUCAGAAGUAUUUCUGCAGGGGAUCCUGCUUUCCUUUUUUGCACUCAAAUGUCGUCAUAGCGUAAUCCUGCUUUCGGCAUGAACUAAUGCAUUUUGAGAACACUUAGGUUAUGCCCAUAAAUCAUCGAGAUAAAAUCAAUCCUGGCUCAGACUGUGUUUCACCUCCUGCAGCUUUGGUCAAGGGGAGCAACAGAGGAUGCAGGGUUUCUGAAACGGCACCUCCCAAGGUCAUGAUGUAAGAGGCUGACAUAUGUUGUAAAAUAAAAACCCAGACCUGUUGCCCCUCUCAGCACUGUCUUAAGUGUCUGUAAUUUUAGUGCAAAAUGCCAUUCUCAAUCUAGUCAGAAGGCCAAAAGAUGUACAGACUAGAGCAUAAAGAGAGAGACACAUAAGUCACAGUGUGGCAUAUGUGGUUUCACUUCACGUACUCAGCCUCUGCCGGCCUAAACAUUCCUUUGCUGUGUGUUGACUGGGAGAAUGUGAAACCAUGGUGUAAAAUCUGACAAAUGGCCUGAGAAACAGUCAAGGGCUAUUGUCCUUGUUCCCUUUCUCCUCCCAUAAAUGUCAAGAUUUACAGAAAAAUAGACUUUCCAUGUGAUGUGAGGUGGUCUAAAUGAGUUCAUAACUCCCAACCUCCUGUUUAGGUCACAGACGAUUCAUGCUGAGAACAUCAGACCUACCAGGGAUAAAAGGAUAAGAGAUCUUGCAAAUGAAUUAAUAAUCUCAGUUAGAUUAUAUUGAACAUUCAUUGAUUUGAAGAUAUUGCAAAAAUCCCAUUAAAAAUCCAAGUGUUUCAGUAAAUGAUGCUACCUUAGCAUUACCCACCAGUUAAAUAAAAUUAGAAGCUUUUUGCAGUCAUGUGUGUCGUUCACUGCAGGCGUCAUGUGAAAUCAUAGUGAUAAAAAAAUCUGUACUGGCUGUUCCUCUUGUGGAGUUUUAGGAUGGAGUGACAGAUAUUUGCCCUGAAGCUGUGCUUUCUCUGUGCAGCUCUGGAUCGGAUUUUAACACUGCUGUGCUGACAAGAGUUUUCAGUGGUUGUUGUGCUGUGGUGGAGGACAGCGAGUGUGUUUGAAUGUUGGCUGAGGUCACCGGCAGUGUCAGGGGGAAGUAAGGACCAGGGAGUAUGAUUGACAGACCUUGCUUACGGGAGUGUGAAGAAGAAGACUAAGAGGAAAGGAGUUGAUGAAGGUUUUCCUACAUUAUUUUAAGAAGAGGCCUCUGGUCACACCUGAUUCAAAUGAUGAGCUCGUUAGUAAGCCAGUACAGAGCUUGAUAAUGAGCUGAUCAUUUGAAUCAGGUGUGUUGGAGCAGGGAAACAUCCAAAACAUGCAGGACAGGCGGGGCUCGAGGACUGGACUUGAGAACCACUGCUCUAGCAGAUGCCGCUCCUAUGACGCAUCGCGAUCGGUUACAGAUUAUACAAACUAUUUUUAUGGCUGAAGGUGGCACAUAAAAUGUAGUCCCUAUUAAAUGCAUACAGAGCCCAUCCCUGGAAGUUUUCACUUACUGCACAGAGAUUAAGUUUCUCACAGUAGCUAUUUGCAUAGAUGUAUGAGGCAUGAGAAGUCAGACCCUCAUGGGAUUCUGUAGGUAGACGCUAAUGAAAGUAUUAGAGGGGAGUUAAAGAAGUUAAAGAUCAGUGGUGUGAGAGUACUUCUCAGGGUGAGGUAGUUUCAGGCAUUAAAAAGGGAGAUUUAAAGAUCGUUAAUCUUGUCCUUGAUGGUCUUGUUUGUCUUUGGACAAGAUGGAAACAGCAGCAUAUCUAAACUACUGUCAAACCCCACCAGACAGCCAAACAAAGAAAGAAAGUGUCUCAUAUGUAAGUGGUGGUGCUGUUGUGAAAUUGAACUUGUCUUUUCAGCCUCUUUUACUCAGGAGAAGGAGUGUAUUUGGCCAUUUUAGUGAGUUGUAAGUGAAACCCUUCUCCUCUGAUCUAUGGCAUCCCAUAUUGUUGCAUUUUUGCUUCAUGUCCUCUCUGAUUCUGCUGUCCAUUUGCCUCAUGUCAUACCAUGCUAAACAAGUGUUGAUUACUAUUUUUGUAGAAAUCAAAACUUGAGAAAGUGUCUGAGAGAUGCUGUCUACACCAGCCCAAAGGUACCGCUCAUCUGUCUCUUUCUCACCGUCUCAUCGCGCUCAUGAGUGAUGCAUUCCCUGUCUGCCUUCUCGCAGUGUAAAUCUCAGCACCUCGCAGUGUGAUCACGCCUCCCUAACUAUCUUCAUCUUAGCCACAGAGGCCGACUUAGGACAUGGACUGUUAGUACUUUACACCAGUUUGAGUUUCUCUCACCCCCAGGCUGCCAGAGAGUUAUCUCUUCAUCACUGCCAAGAUGGGAUUUUCCUGCAGCUUCAUUGUCGAUGUCGAACUGCAUGAUUGGAUUGGGUCACAAUUUCCUCUUGAUCUCACAGUUCGUCUGAAAAAUUUGUAGGUAACAAGUAUUAACUGCGAUCACAUUUUUUCGCCUCAAAGCAGCCCUAACACCUCUUGACAAGCUAGUAUGACUGCAAGCAUGUGAAUGAGGAAAUGUUAACGGUUUCGAGGCUCGAUGUAGCUGCCACCGCCCUGAGUCGUAUUCAGUCUUAAAGAGUGACUGUUUUUGAGGAGUGAUGUUGUCAUAUUAACCUGGUGACUGUGCAUGAACACGUGAACACGCUAAUAAGUGUUUGAGUACCUCUGUGUGUUCAGACUACACUUACUGGGAUGUCAAGUCAACAUUGAGAAAAAAGUCUGAUUCGCUUGAAUUAAUGCUGUUGAAAUAAACCCAUGUUCAAAUGCUAAUGCAGUUUCCUAAAUGUCACUGGAAUGAUUCCUCUUGCCAGGCGCUCUUUCGGCGUUCAUCGCAGACCUUUUACGACAUUUAGGAACAAUAGUUAAUGAGGGUUACCUUGGCAUUGAUUUGACGUAGCUGUCCUGCGUGGGACUGGAAAGAAAAUCAAAGAGCCACCUUUUUAGUCAGACUCCCGUGUGCUUCCCGUUCCUAAAUGUACCACCCACCCACACGCUGCAUCUGCGACUCCCUCUGGUUGCGAUUCAUUUCCUGCCUCGCCAUUGCGGCUCGCUAUCACUGGGAGUGUACUGUACAGCUCAUUGAGUUACACAUCACUCCGUCUGAAGGCCUUUUACAAGGCUCAGGUUCUUGGAACAGGGAAGUGAACAGAAUGAAGCAAAAAGGGGGGGAGUGCUCGGUUUUCCUGGAACAUUAACACUCAGAAGAAGCCAGGGUAGAGUGAAAUUUUAAACCCCUCAGUUUGGUUACUGUUGAGCAAGCAAGCAAGCAAGCAGGCACCAACCCAGUGGCUUUCUGUGUGUGUGUGUGUGUGUGUGUGUGUGUGUGUGUGAUGUGUGCCCUGUUGCCCACAGCGCUGUGUUUAUAUGAGGAUCAGUGGACAGUAGUGGACAUGAACACUGAACUGGCUUUGCAGCGUGCUGAGGAAUGCAGCUCUGUACUCGAGCAGUGCAUGUGAACAAAGAGCCAACAUUGUGUUCAAAAAGUGCUGCCUCACAAAAGAGCCCUCACAAAGCCUGAAAUGAACCCCUGCAAACCCAUCUGUCUACCCUGCUUCCUAUUAGUCAGGCCAAAACCACCAACGCCUGGCAGACAGAGGCAGAGCUAUGAAGGGCUAGGAAAUGGGUACUCACAAUCCAGCUCCAUGUACGGUCUCAUUGACAAAAAUCAUUCUGUGUAAUACAAAUAUCAAAACUGUGCUGGUGAUCACAGAGGGGCUGUUGAAGCAUGAAGCAGUGCAGAUCAAACAGUAGCGAAUUCAUAAUAAAAUGCACAGUAGAGAUCAAGAUAAGAGUUGAAUCAUUACAUGCUGUAACUUUGUUAUCAAACGUCAGGCUUAAAGAUCAGCUUUAAUUGCAUUUCAACGUAGGGUCAUGGCUGCAAAUGACUAAAUCAAGGCUCUGAGAUAGAGAAGGUAACUUAAGUGUAACAUAAUUCGUUUGAGGAUUUUAUCUAUAGCUACCUGAAGAAACUGCUUUAUGUUUUUUAGUGCCUAGGGAAACACAGCCCCUGACUAACAUUUGAUAAAGUCAUAAUAACAGAGCUGCUAGAAAACUUGUAAGCAGCAAAGAUGAACACGAACACAAUUUAAGUUGAGUUUAUGCCUGUCUACAUUCAGGGGUAGGGCUGGGCGAUAAACCAAAAAAUUUACAGAUACCGAAAUUUACGACACUAACACUAACAGACGGCAUUUUGCCCAUGUCAAAAUAUUCGGUGUCAAAAAAAUUCAUAAAUAAAAGUUGUUUUUAGAGGUGUGUCGGUAGGCUAUGGUCUUAUGUCCCUUUUUAAGAUGCUGUCCUAUGUCAGAGACGUGAGUCCACCCCAUCCAGUCUGUAACAAAGAGGGAGAGACAGGUGAGGAGAUGGAUGACGGUUCAAAGUUGCGGCGGCUGAAGUAGACAAAGUUAAUGUAUGAGGGGGUGAGCAGCUUGUGGAGUAGUUAUCGUCAAUUUAUCGUUAUCGAGGUGAACUGCUCAAUAUAUCCUGAUACUGAUUUGAGGCCUUAUCGCUCAGCCCUAUUCAGGGGUGCAAAACAUUGUCACUAUGAUAUCAAUAAUGGACAGUAAAGGCUUCAAACAUUAAUUAUCAGUAUUGGCAGAUGUAAAGCUGAAACAAAAAUUGUGUAUUUGAGAGUGACCGAACUUCUGAAACAUUUUAAGGUGUAUUUAUGAGUGUUGGUGUCAGCAUAGAGCAAAAUGAGUUUAAUUCAUAUCAGAUUUUUGCUGGAAACUUCCGAGUCCUUAAAGCUUUGUUUUGAUAUCAACCGAGUCAGUUAUUUUGUCGGCAGCUUGAGUUUCCACUAUUUGUAGUUGCCUCCAUUGUUUGUCGUGUGUCGUAAAAAAUGAGCUGAGUGUGGCUAAAACCGCUGAUAAGUGUUUUUACAGUGUUUACUGUAAACCAAAACAGGAGAGUGAUGAGUAAAAGCCAAAACAAUGAUCUGCUGGAGGCUGGAAUUAUUGGUGGAAGUAAGGGGGAGACUUUUCAGAGCGUUACUAUAAAAAUAAGAAUUGGUUCUGUUGUUAUAAGAAAAAUGAAAAGAUGUAACAGUGAAUUGUAAAAGUGAUUGAAAAGAGGCUUACAAGAAAAGAAAUCUAGCUAUAAAACUAAUAAAAAGCUUCACACUCUUAAUAAAAAAUACAUGAGUGACCCUCCUAAUGGGUUUAUUCAGAAAUAGAGCAGCACCACCCCCAGUCUGUGUGCUUUUGAUGUAAUUAUACCUUCCCCACAGGGAGUAAGAGCUAUUUAUGGCAACUCGAGAGGAGAAAUCCCCCCACAAACACGCAAUUCUAGAAAUGAAGCUCGUAAUUGAGACUUUGGCUGUUUUCAGUCACAUCUUUGGUUUGGCUCUCGAGCUUAUGGGGGCUCUUAUGGUUUCAUUUCGCUUAACACCGGACAUUAACAAUCCAUUUGUUUUGCAACCCAGUGAGAGGAUUUAUUGACUCCUCUGAGCCACGGUGGUGAAAAAACAGGCUGUAAUGAUGAAAAGCCUUUAGUGAUGAAGAUGAACGCUUGCAUGAGUAAACAGAUGAGAGGAUGAUUCUUACAGUAUACAGCUCACAGUUCAAUUUGUGUAAGAGCCUUGGUCGUUGUUGAUCCGUCACUCGAUUAGCGAUACCGUAUCUCAUAUACAUUUAACCAUAUAGAGUGAGAGUGAAUAGAUUUGUUCAACAAUGUGAUCAAUACUAAUGCUGAUCGCUUUGCUUUCAGUGUGAAAGGGGAUCAAGUUACAACAGGAUCUGAUCACUAAGCCAUGUUAGCUCCAAACAGUGCCCUAGUUGGGUUUGAAUGGGUAACAAAACCCUGUUACACAACCAGAGUGUGUGUAUGUGAACAUGAGAGAAACGGCUGAAGGAGAUAGUUAGAUUAGCCGAGUGUACCGUAUGGUCUAAAGGUGAGGGGGAAAAAAAAAAACCACAUGUCUUAAGCUGACCCAGAUGCAAGAAAUUCCAAACUAAUUGAGGAAAGCUUUCACUUAUCCCUGAAUGAUGUGUGUGGCAGUCGUGGAACUGCUCCUCCAUUCAGAGGCACACAAGUAGAGAGUGAAGAGCUGUGAGUGAAAGGUGAGGUUAGAAAGCCCUGAGAGUGAUCUAUGUCCCCCUCCUCUCCUCUCUGCUCCUCUCCUCUCUGUGAGGAUGCAGUCUGUUUAAUCUGUCACUAAGCCCCAUCAUUCAUUGCCUGCUCUCUGCUAGUAUCAGUGUCCCUUGCCUUCAGAGUGUCUAUCAGACCAUAUCAGAAGGACAUGGUGUGUUCUGGUGGGUACUGCUCAGUGUAGACCAGCCUGCAUACUUUCCAUUGUUUGACAGCAGCCCUGGCAGCACUCAAAGAGCUAAAGCUAUCAGGUGGAGCCUUUUAUUGGAGAGUGAAUGUAAUUGGAAAUCCUGGUUUUAUGGUACACGAUCCAGUUCACCUCUUGAUGUUUUUGACCUGGUGACACCUUUAAGUUGCUCAUCUGUUUUUCUACAUAGCAGUGUGGCUUAUUAAGGAAUUAUAUUGACACUCAAAUAUCUAAAUCAAACUUUGUGAUUAGGGGUGUCCCGAUACAACUUUUUUACUUCCGAUACAAUACCGAUAUUAUAGACUUCAGUAUCGGCCGAUACCAGUAUUGAUCGGAUAUUGGCACAAACUUGUGCAUGACAAGUUUUGCACUCAGCUGCAUUGUCUUUUUCGGACUUCAACGAAAAAUAUGUCACACAGCCGACAUCACUCCUACUCUGUGCUACUUUUUACCUUAGUACACACUGCUGUUAUGAUUAUGUGGGUUCUGCAUGCUGGAUUCGGGCGCUGCUAGAUAGAGGCGCCGGAGUGUAGUCUGGAAUGGACUGCUUGUAUCGGGGUGCUGAUAUCGGAGAUUUGAGAUGCAGGCCAAUAAAAUCCGAUCUUCGCUUUUUGCUGAUAUCGGACCGAUAUGUGAUAUCAAUAUGGUAUUGGGACAGCCUUAUUUGUGAUCCCUCUGUUCUUUAUUUUUUUUGUGACUUAUCUUUUAAAAGUGACUUAAAUGUGCAGGACAAAGUCUCAUCCAUCAGUUUUUAACAGUCUAAAAGUUCACUUAGCGAAAAUCAGUGUUAAGUAAAAAUGGUAGUAUCAGCAAUUUGCAGUUACUACUUUGCUCGAUUCUCACUCAGCUGCAGCAGAGAAAGUCAAUCUGAAUCCUGGUGGUCAUGUUUGCUCUUCUAACUCAUAUAGGCAUUAGAGGCAUCAAUACGAAUUUCAGUCUGAUCCAUAAUCAGUCUAAAACCCCUCACAGGGCCUUUAAGCUGGCCUUAGUUGUACUUAACGUUUUGCGCUUAUCAGCAAACGUUUCCAUGUUUACAUCCUAAACUACUAUUGUGAGUCUUCGGCUUUAAACUGUGAGGAUGUUAAUUAGAGAAAUUCGCUGUCAGCUAGGCUGUAGUGAAAGUAGCCUGUUUGUUUUGAUGAUCACUUUGAAACCCUCGCUCUGCUAUUCUGCUGUCACCUCCUUGUUUUGUUGGACAACAGGGUGCUUUGGAUUGCUACAUUUCUUUCCUGGUUGACUGGCUCCCAUGGUGGUAACUUACCUGUCACAGGUAGCCAUGCUUUUGAGUCUACUAAGUAGGGGUGGGAGAAAAAAUCAGUACAGCAUAGUAUUGUGAUAUUUUGUCUGGAGACAAGCACAAAAAAACAUUUGUGCUAUGAUCCAACAUAUUAAACGUAAAAUUGAUGACUGUAACCUGUUUAUCCGUUAAUUUGAUCAUGCACAGUGAGAGCAUAGCAAUGCCAGCCUGCUGCAAAGGAGAGGAAGAGGAAUAUCCCUGUUGCUACACAACAUAAUCAUAUUUUACUAAUGUGAUUGAGUCCACACUACCAUGAGUCAGGGGGGGGAGAAAUGUUAGUUUUCAUUGUUUUAACAUUUUUUUCCAUCUAUAAAUCCAACACAGGCAGCAGAGUUGCACCUGCUACUUCAUCUAGAUGUUAUCCUGAUGAGUUUGUGGGAAACCGUCAUGUUGAUUAAUGCCAUAGAUUCAUAUUUCGUGUAGGUUGACUAUAAAUGUAGAAGUCUGGCCACAUGAUAUCCUACAGGUUUUUUUGAGCAAAUAUAACAGCCUGAAAGCACUUGGCUCUGACUGAUUUCUCUGUCCUGCUACUGUUAACCAAUGAUUUCAUUGCACCCUUAAACCUUUGGUGAUGUAAAAAGUCAAGAUCUUUAGAUAGUCCCACCUCUUCACAUGCUCAUAUAUCGUAUAUUUUGAGACAAUUUGAACGAAAACUGGCAAACUUUCCUCUAAAAACAACCUCUUUGUGAAUUAGCUCCAUUUGCACAUGGUCAUUACGUUUCCAGUCACAUAGUUUGUACUCACUGCUCAGUAAGAACACCUCUCAGCCUCUCUGAGUUUCCAGGGUUGCUAUGGAUUGAGUUUGUUUGUUUGUUUGUUUGUUUGUUUGUUGUUGUUUUGCAGCACACCGCCGUUCUUCACAGUCAUCAUCAACAUCUCGGUGUCUAAAUGCUUGUGGUGUCUGAUUUAAUUCUGUGAAUGAUUCAGAUCCGUUCGUGACAAGAAUAAAACAACAAACGUGUGGCUGUGCUCUUCUUGUAACAGAAAUGUGAAAGACUGGCAGUGGUUUUUCAGGCAGCUGGCACCUGUGGCGUUAACCUUUCCUCUCUAUAAUGUAUCUGUAGGUUCCCCUCGCACACAUCCACGCUAUGUAGGGGUUAGAGUCAGAGAGCAGGGAUGGCUUCUUCUGGGGCUGUCGGUGACGUGGCUGCUCUCACUGUGGUGAAGCCCUGUGUUGGCACAAAGCCUCUGGCAACAUAUAUGGGCUUUGUGUGUGUGUGUGGGCACGUGUUGAGCCACUGGUAAUUUGCGUGUGGGCUCAGGAACUGCCAAGUGUGUGUGGUGGUAAUUGCGUGACUGCGAGUGUGUGUGUGUGUGUGUGUGUGUGUGCCAUUAUUUACAGUCUGAGCACUUGUCUGUGUGUAUAAAUCAGCAGGAGGCAUUCUUACAUCACAGCUCCCCUCAGGCCAUCAUGCUGUACUCUGAUAUACACACCACCACCUCCUGCUUGCUGUUUUCUUCCUUUCCCUCUUUCUUGGUCCUGUCGGCCAGUCUGGUCAGGAGUCGUCAGUUCUGGGCAAGAGGAGGAUUUUGGAGCCACGACUGCAGCUACCUCAUCCUCUUCCAAGACUUUCAGAAAGCAGGAUGUCUUCGUCUUUCUCACGCCCAGUCGCUCGUAUUUCCUGUCUACUAUGGAGCACACAGACUGUAGCUUCACAUGUUGCAAUAAGCGCCGUGUCCUUUAGAUAAUUGCAUGCACAAGUGGAAACGCUGUCACAUUCACUCUGGUAUGGCAUGUCAAGGUUAUAACGGCAGGCUUGCGCGUCCCGUCCUUACAGGGGGAACACAGCACAGUGGGCAUACAUUAGUAAUCCGUGCAUGCAUUUGUGAAGAUCUACAUGCAUGCCUGUUCCUCUCUGGCUUGUGUCUCUGCUCAGUGCUGCUCCCUGCUAGCCUGAGCACCUCUCUGCUCUCACUUCCAUCCAUCUGCCUGCGUGGCUGACGGAGCUUAAUAAACACGCAGCAGCUUCACAGUGGAAAGCCACGUCUCAGUCAGAUCUGUACACCUGUUUUAAUGUUUUUCUUUUUUCAUGCUAAGUUGUCUGGUCUUUCUUGUACUUUGAGAGUUACUGCUGUCAGCUUUUCCAUCAGCUAUUGUUGAUAUGCUUUGAUUUCUUUCUCCUAUCAUCAUCAUCAUCAUCAUGCUUUUUGCACAUUUGAAUCAAAUCGUACAUUUGUCACUAACCACUUGCAGCUGGUCCUCCCAAUUUCAAUCUGUCAGCAUCGGCCUUGGUUUUGCAAACAGCAGCGCCUGCAUGUUUUUGCAAUGUGUUAGACAGUAACUUGACUUGUGACUCAAAGAGCCAGUGGUGCGUAGAUAGUUAUUACUCAAGCCAAAAGGAGAGGACAGAGUUGAUGACGCUCAGGAGUGUGCUCAUUACCUCCUUGCUGACCAGUUAGAUUUAACUGCAGGGAGCUGUUAAAUGAUUACCCACAGUAUUUUAACACAGUGAUUAUACUCCCCUGUGCUCAAUUUAAGGAUAAAUGGGUUCAAAUGAUUAAAUAGUGAUUCAAAUGAUUCACUUAAAGGUAUUACAAGACCUCUAGAGUCAAUUUGAUGGCAGAAUUUUUAAAAAAAUGAAGGAAAUGUUUGAUUUUGAAGAGAGAACAGGACAGCGUAGGGCUGGACGAUAAACAAAAAAUUUACGAUACAGAAAUUUACGAUAAAAACCAACGUCAUUUUGCCCGUGCCAAUAUAUUCGGUGUCAAAAAAUAGAUAAAAGUUGGUUUUAGAUGUGUGUAGGUAGGCUAUUGUCUCAUGUUCCUUUUUAGAUGCUGGCCUACAUCAGAGAUGUGACUUCACCCCAUCCAGUCUGUAACAAAGAGGGAAAGACAGGUGAGGCCUCCACAAAUCUACAAAUGGAGGACGGUCUAAAAGUUGUAGCAGCUGGAGCGGUGGCUGAUGUAGACUAGGCAUGUGCCGAUAUGAAAAAGUUGAUGUCAUGAUAUUGGUGGUCCAAAAUAUCACGAUCCACGAUAUUAUCAAGAUAUUAGCGCAUUACUGUUAACGUUAUUAAAAGUGGCAAAAAACUGCGAAAUCACGUCUCUGUCCACAGCAUGACAUGCACAAACAAUAUGAGAAAGAGACAGCUUGCGCGGCGUUGGGAGCAUUAGCUUUUUGGAGCUAAAUUUAGCAGAAACGUCACUAACGUUGUCAAUAAUAAGCAGCAGAGUAGACCAAACUUGUUGGGGUUGUGUUGUUUUUACCUUGAUUUGGGCGAACGAUGCUGGAUGGUGUUCACAGAGGUGGGCGCGUAGGUUUGAAGUGUUAGACAACGGCUCUGCAACUUCCUUAUGGCAUAACCUGCAGAUUGGUGUCAGGUUUACCUGCUCCGUCUGUUGUGUGAAGCCGUAAAAUGUCCAUACUGCCGACAAAACCUUUUUAAUAGGAGGAUACAGCCGAGUCGUUUCGUCAUUCUCGGUCUCCGACUGUUCUUGGUCCGGCUGCAUCGUUACGUUGAUUGGAAGUUGGAACGUGUGCAUCAACUUUUUUUUCUUCUUCAAACUGUUUCCGGUUCACAGAGUGGACACGCUCCAACAGUGCUUUGGGUGGCCGCAAUGCAUUGUGGGUUGCCACGCAUUUUGUUGUAAAAUUUCUUCAUUUUCUCUUUUAAUGUUCGAAUUUUUGUCAGGCUGGCAUUAAUGUACUUAAUUUGAGAGUUUGUUUUGGAUUUGGGACUACUUUUGUGGUGGUUUGUUUGUACAUUUUGCUAUCGAGGCUUUGACACCGUGGGUAAGACUACAAGCGGGUUAGGUUGGUAAGUACUCGGCUUCGCUCGCCUCCGUUGAGAGACGCUGCCACUCGUCUUUAAAUUAUAAUGGUGGAAAGAUUAUUACAGUACCUCAUGAUUUUAUCAUUGCAGACUUUUAAUAUCGCAUAUCCCGAUUAAAUCGUAUAUCGGCACAUCCCUAAUGUAGACAGAGUUAAUGUGGGGGGGAGGGUGAGCAGCUUUUGGAGUAGUUAUUGUCCAUUUAUCGUUACUGAGGUGAACUGCUCAAUAUAUCGUGAUAUUGAUUUGAGGCUAUAUCGCCCAGCCCUAGGACAGUGGACGGAGCAGGAAACAGAGAGUGACAUGCAGGAAAGGAGCCACAGGCUGGAAUCAAACCUGUGACAACCGCUCGAGGCGUAUUAACCCGCGUAUGUGUGUGUGGAGGUUCCCACUGUGAACAAGGGGCAGUGUAGCCUGGAGUCAGUCUGCUCCAGACGGUAAUAAUAACAGGCCUGAUUGUAAGCCUCUGUGCCAGUCAACAUAGCAUGUUUCCAUCAGGACCAGAGAGCCUGUCAGCUGUUUCCUAAUGAGUGGAUUACUGUGUCAUUUUGAUGUGUUGUUGUGUGAAAGUGUAAUGUAAAUCCAUGGGGGGGCUGACUUGUAUUUUGGCCCCGCUGUGAGCAGGUUACAAUCAAACAAAUGAGAGCUGUCUUUUUGUCCGGUUGCCACCUGUCCGAGGCAUCACACAGAGCGCUGUACUAGACAUCGUGUGAGUUGAAUCGGAGGGCAGAGUAUCCAGCGUCAGGAUGGGUCUUGUUUGAUGUAGCUUCAAUUAGGCAGGCAGGGGAGUCGUGAAAAGGACGAGACUGCAUGGCUUUGUGAAGUGGGAGAAGAUGCAGAGGGAGAAAAAAACGUGGGCACCUCUCUGUCUGUGCGCAAAGAGGACUAAAAACAAACACAAUAGUAACCCUGGAAUAGCAAUUGAAAGCAUCGGGAAGCAUUUCCAAAGUCCACAGCUCUUUGAUGUGCAAUCCAAGGGCUUCAUAAAAACACAGGCGUAAUAAAAAUGUGCUGUUCUCUUCAGUCUGCCAGGUUGUGUGAGAGGGAGAGAAGUGAGAGAGGGAAAAAAAAAGAGGAAACAAGAAAAAAGGGGAGAGGACGCACAAACAAGAAGUGAGCUGCUCUCGCAGAAGCCUAAGAGACAGCUGAACAAUAAGACUGUGGCUUUUCUAUCACCUGAGGAUGAAUGUGGCGAUAACAAAGAAGCCGCAGCUAUAGGAUGUCUGUCGUAGUGAUCAUCAUGAUCACUUUUUGCUGCCAAAAGGAAUCUUUACUAUCCCUCUGAUAAAGAUGUCUAUCGGUGCCUCUUUGAUGGACUGACUUGGACAGAGACACGUCUCUGUGACUGCCUCUGUGUGUCAGCGUGUAAGGAUGUGAUCAGAGCUGUCUGGUCUGAUCCAACAGGAGAGCGACAGAAGAUCAGACUACUGGAAAAUGCUUUUUCUGGCAAAGAGGUGUCAGAUCUCACACUGUGCGUUAUAGCUUGUCGUGUUUGGGACUGGCUGACCUGUCAGGUGCCAGCAUUGAUAGCUACUACAAUGAGCAUGUGAGCAUCAGAUAGGGCUGGGCGAAAAAUCGAAAAUUUAUAGAUACAGAAAUUUACAACAAUAACCAAUGUCAUGUGUCAAGAAAAUAAAUAAAAAUUGGUUUUGGAUGUGUGUGGAUAGGCUAUGGUCUCGUGUCCCUUUUUUAAGAUGCUGUCCUAUUUCAGAGACGUGACUCCACCCCAUCCAGUCUGUAACAAAGAGGGAAAGACGGGUGUGGAGAUGGAGGACGGUUUGAAAGUUGUAGCGGCGGCUGAAGUAGACAAAGUUCAUGUGGGAGGGGGUGAGCAGCUUGUGUAGUAGUUAUCGUCCAUUUAUCAUUAUCGAGGUGAACUGCUCAAUAAAUUUUGGUAUUGAUUUGAGGCCAUAUCGACUGGCCCUAGCAUCAAGAUUGAACGACAGUGUGACAUAAAGAGGUGGCCUGAAGGAACACAACAAGUGUGCAUUGUUUCAUGGUCUUGAAACUAACCUAGACCUCAAUCUAGUCAAGCUGCUCUGAGAUGUUAGACAACCAAGUCUGAUUCAUGAAGCCCCCUGCGUCACAACUCUCUGGACUUCAAGAAACUGCUGCUAACAUCUUGGUGCCAGAUACCACAGCACACCUUCAGGGGCCGAGUGGAGUCCAGGUCUCUUAAUCAGGACCGUUGUCGCUCUGAGCUGAGGAGAAGAGGCUGUACACAAUAUUAGGCAGGUGCUGGUAAUGUUAUAUGUAAAUAUAUUGACUAUCCAGAAGAAAACAAGCCCAUCAUAUAACUUUUAUCUAACAUUUCAUCCUGUUAAUGGUUAAGUGUGUAUAUAUUACUUACGCUCUGUACCGAACCUUGUUAAAACAUGUCCACAAACAAAAAUGAUAGGCAUCAUAUUGUACGUAAGCACCAUGUCCAGGUAGCGUCUAAACAGGGCUCAAGAAGCAGUCUGAAUGAUUUGCAGCUCUUGAACGCAGCAGUUCUGCAGUGUUAGAGCUCCCUACCCUUCCUGUGACGACAGAGGAUAAUGGUUAUUGUGUUCACUGUGAACACGCUUUGUUUGUGUUGAAACAGAAAUGAGUCAAUAGUUAAGAAGGUCGUUUUCUGAUAUUAAAUCUGUCAAAUUUUAUGUGCAUAAUCAUUUUGUGAUUUUAUAUUUCCUCUUUUGUUCACCCCUCUGUCAGGAUUUUGCAGACUCUGAGGCUUUUUGCCCCCAGAUAGAUCCCAGAUUCAGGGCAAUCUGGCUGCAGCACUUUUAGGAUUUAGCUUGAGGAUAUUUCCAGACGUUUGUUUAUAGCGUUAAGCCGUUAACAGACCAUGUUCCUCUUUUCCUCCCCCUGCAGUCUGUUUUUAUGUCAUCACUAAGUUUUCCAGGCCUUCCAGCAGACAGCAAACACACAUUAAGCUAUUAAAAGCCCUUCAGCACUUUGAUUUUAGAAAAGUCCUCUUUGCACCUAGCUUGUCUAAUCUCCUCUGCUUGUGUGUUCUCCUUUUUAACUCUGUUUAGUCAUCAUGUUUUUUUUCUGCUGUCAUCACAUGGUUGUAGACUUCCAGGCACUUAAGGGAGAAGGAGAUGGACCAUUAAAGAUGACCACUGAACAUAAACCCUAGAAAGAUGAAUGUGGCUUUAAAGCUGUCACCUUACAACCUCACUGUUUUUGCUUAGUUUCUGGAUGAACAACAUAACAUAAGCUCAACUUGUUCAGUCCUCCUUCCAUCACUGACACAAAUCUUGUGUCUGUCCUGCUCAUUGCUAGCUUCCCAGAACAAAGCAGGUGUUGACACAACACUAGAACAACUGUAGUAGCAAGUCAUGUUUAUAGUCGAUGUUCAUCAUGGGUGACUUCGAAAUGGCUCCUCUCCUGUAAAGCUUCUAUUGUCUGGUUUUCUUGUGUAUGACACUGGUCUGGUGCCAAGCUUGGUUGUCCGCUCGCCGCCUAUCUCUACUUGGAUAUCUGCUUAAACUACAUUUAAUCCUAGACACCUCUUAAUCUUUGGCUUUUAUACAACCAGAGCUCACUUCAAUUGUGCAACCUCUAAGUGAUAUGGUGUAAACCUGAUAGAAGUUUUAAGCUUGGAAACAGUUAGCAAGGUAUUUACUACGGCCUGACCGAUUUAUCGGCGAGCUGAUUAAAUCGGCCAAUUUUAGCCCAUUUGAGACUAAUCCGUAAUCGGCCAAAACACGCCAAUUUGCGCCGAUAUUUUAAGAAAUAAAAUGCGGAGAAUAAGAUUCAGUUUAACUUCGAAAAUGUUCCGCCAUUUGAAAAGUUCCCCAACUUAUCCUGUAGAUGGCGCAGCGACCUCAUGACAAACUUUAUGCACUAACUAGUAAGGUAGGUAUUUGAAAACGCUUUUCUGGUCCGAGUUUGAUCAGACGGUCUUCAAAAAAUUGGCCGAUUAAUUGGUAAUCGGAUCCCCCCCCAUAAUCGGUAUCAGCAUCAGCCCCAUAACAUCCAUAUCGGUUGGGCCCUCGUAUUUACAUGUCUCCCAGACUUGGUAAGGGGUUAGUAAUAUGAAAGUGUAGUUUGGGAAGAAGACACUAAAAGUGCUUCACAGAAAUAACUAUUUAAUGCUGUACAUACUUGUCUAAGCAUUGUUUAUUUUUAUGAAUGGCUGAUAUAUUUCUAAGAGGUGUUUAAGAGCAGAAAAUUGCUGAACGCAAUAGUAGAGCUCAACUACGACUCCCAACAAACAAAUCCCACAGCUGAUGCUUUUUAGUUUUUGCGCAGCAAUGUUUGCAUCAAAACCAACAGCUCAAUUAGUCAUAAAGCACAUGUGAAUUUGUUUUUUUUACAGUAACAUAAUCCAGUUGUCCUUUCUAUACCAAAAAAGUUCAGCAUUUCUAUUUAUUAGGAUGUAUUAUUAACUAUUAUAGCUGUAAAAAGUUGAAAAUGCAUACCAAAGAAAAGAUGGGAAACAAAGUUACUGAUUACUCCUGUGAAACAGUUUGAUGUUUCAGUUACAGUGCAGAUACUUUGGCUUUUUAAUAUAAAUCUACUAUUUUUAUCUUUUAUAAUACUAAAUAAAGAGUAAGUUAGAUUGUUAUUGCAAACUCUUCAAGUUUUUACACUUGUAUGUGUUGAUUUGUAAUGAUAACACUUACUCUACCCAGUACAUCAGCCAUCCCGUCUGCCCCCUGGUUGUAAGGUUUCAAGUCCUGAAUCAUCGGGCUCAGAUCGCUGUCAAGAUUUAUCACAAUUCUGCCAGGAUGAUGAAUAGGUUUUGUUGUCUAAUGCCCACUGCUGGCUCACGGAUAAUUUCAGCGAUCUUGGCUGUAGCUCAGGUUGUGUUGCCAGCGGCAGAGGCUGGGAUUCCCCCAGAGGGUCGUAGCAGUGAGGAGGUGUAAACAGCCAGCUUUCCUCUUCCUUCCUCAUCACUCUUUGGGUUUCUUCUCAAGGGACCUUUCUACAGGUGUCUGCUCCGGCUGCGUUUGCCUCUGGAGAAUCUCACUCAUGAGUCAGACAGGCAGAUUCAAACAUAUUAUAAACUGUCAGAGACUUUCUUUGCUGUACUGUUUAAAGAGACUACGUCAACAUGCGUAUAUGUUUAAAAAAUGCUCACUCCGACUCAUAUCCUCAUCAGACACAAAACUGAGACACAUCCUUUUGCAGCACUGGGAUCAAGUUUCCCCUGGCUCCUGUAAUCCCUACAGGUUUGGUUAAAUGUCAAGUUGCUUUUAAAAUUGUUUUUGUGCUUUACCUGUAAGCUGUAUAGAUGACAUGACAGUUGCACAAAAGUGAGGCCGAAUCAUUUAAAGUUCCUUUAUUGAUUAAUAUGGGACAUGACUAUUGUGACUCCAUCAGCUAGCCUUUUACUCUGGCUCCAGUAACUAGGGGUGACCUGAUACACAUUUUUUACUUCCAAUUUGAUACCGAUACUGUAGCCCUUAAUAUUGGCCAAUACUGAUAUUGAUCUGAUACUAGCACAAACUUGUGCAUGACAAGUUUUGCACUCAGCUGCAAUGUCUUUUUCAGCCUGCCACACGGCUGACAUCACUCCUACUCUUUGCUACUUUUUAGUGCCUUAGUAAACACUGUUGUUGUGAUUACCUGGAUCUGGGUGCUGCUAAAUAGAAGUGCUGGAAUGGAGUUUGAAAUGGACUGCUUGUAAAGGAAUACUGAUAUUGGAGAUUUUAGAUGCAGGCCAAUAUAAACCGAUAUUUGCUUUUUUCUUUUUGCUGAUAUUGGACCAAUAUCCGAUAUCAAUAUUGAAUUAGAUGCAGGCUGAUAUAAUCUGUUAUUGGUUCUUUUUUUUUUUUUCAGAUAUCGGACCAAUAUCUGAUCUCAAUAUCAAAUUAGAUGCAGGACAAUAUAACCCGAUAUUGUUUUUUUUUUUGUGCUGAUAUUGGACAGAUAUCCAAUAUCAAUAUCGUAUUAGGUGCUGGCCUAUAUAAUGCGUUUUUUUUUUUGUUUUUUUUUUGCUGAUAUCAGACCGAUAUCCGUUAUAAAUAUUGUAAUAGAUGCAGGCCGAUAUAAUCCGAUAUGGGUUUUUUGCUGUUAUUGGACUGAUAUCUAAUUUCACUAUCAUAUCGGGGCGUGCUUAUCAGUUACAUCAUCAGGGCAAUAUGGCAGUGGACACAAGUUUACUAUCUUUUGCCAGAGUCAAGUUGUUUUAUACUUGAUUAUGAGUAAAUUAUUUUCAAAAGAAUCACUUGACUAAGCAUUGCCUCAGCAGAUAGCUCUUACAGACAGGAAUAGGAAAAGCACUAUAAUUUACCCCAUCAGUGCUCCGUUCAUGUCACAUCAGUUCAAACACAAUAACAGGCAUCAGGAGCAGCAGCUGUUGGCAGCGUUUUUUCGCGCACACAAACAAUCAGAUGUCAGAUGAGGCUGCAUUUCACUGCACAUGUGGACUCAGUGUUUGUCUUUGUGUCAGAGUUACUGGGUUUCUCCCAUUCAGUUUUGUCUCUUUAGACAAUGGCUCUUUGGUUUGGGAUUGAGGGGGUGGAGAAAUGACCUGGUCUGGGGCUGAUCUUGGAGGUGGAGGUCCAGAAACAGAAGACUACUGUUUGAUUUUAAUGGGUGAUUCUCAGGUAAGUUUUAUGUCAGGGUAGCAAUUCAGAAAAACCUAAAACUUUAAACACAAAAGGGUGUCUUGCAUAGUUAGGUUUUGGGUUAACUUUGAUAAAGUCUAAAUUAAAUUCACUACCUGCUUGCCUCCUCCCUCACUCUUCUGCGGUGUCCUUAGUUCACCUGAGCACUCCCUUAGAACAUGAUCCUGCAUACAAAUACCCGUACACCAGUGCAAUCUUAAGUCUCUCAGUACACUAACAUUUGGCAGCAGAUGGAAGAGCUGACAAAUGAUUCUCAUGUGAGAUCAGAGGAAUAAUCGUCUUUUCAGCCCCAGCCUGUAGAGUCAUUUCAGCACACAGCUUAAGCCUGGAGCUCCUUUAUGAAGAGCAAUGAGUAGCUCAGAGUGAGUGUAAACAAAGAAAUGAAUCAGGAACAGAAACCCCAACAAAGCACAGGACCUUGUUGAUCACUUCAAGGUUCUAGAGAAUUGUGGGUAUCUUUUUAAUAAUGAAAGAAAAUUCAUUAAAAAAUCAAGCUGUUCAGGAGUUUCAGUGUACCCUCUUGUCAGCAGAAAACUCCUCGGAGUGAUUCUCUCUGUAACAGUUGCUGUCUAUCCCAAAGUGGUCGGCUAAUGAACCAGCAGAGCUCAUUACACAAUAUGGCUGCUUGAUACAGGAAAAACUAUUUUUUAUGCUCAGGUUUGAAGUUAAUUUUCUGUGUUUAAAUCAGGUCUCCUCCCUUCAGCCCCCCUGAUCUGGGCUCUGACACCUGCAUGGGGAGGUGGUGAGACAUGAGAAGGGAGUACAGGAGACACUUAGGUUGCUUCAUGAACUUCACUAAUUGGCACAGUUUAGCUUAAGAAAUCAGUGAUUUGUGAUGGUUUCAGAGAAAGUUUAUCUGCGUCACUCGCCUCCUUUUAAUUUGUAAACCUUUGAGGGUCUGCCGGGGUUCUCAUGACGGCAGCAGUUAUGAGACUCAGCAGUCAGUUUACUGAAGCAGACUUUUGCUGUGGAUCCAUCAUGGAAAACCAGGGUGUAAAGUCAUGGAGUGGCACUGUCCCUUUAACCACCUUUUCCAACUCUGCAGCAGAAUCUGGUGGCAGCCAAUGUAGCCUAAUGUGAUAAAGUACUAAAAGCCCUCUGUGUUUUCUUUCUGUGCUACCAUUAAAACAUGUUGAUGCAAAGUGGAAGCCUCAUUCAGAAUGGAUGUGCUCUCUGAAAGGUCUUACAAUAAUAAAUAUGCAUCAUUGUUAACUGCACAUAGGUAUUGUACUCCAUUUCUGCAGAUAGUUCAUCUUAGUCUUGCACACAAACCCCCUUUAAGUCACAAGAGUGGAAAAAAAUGUGUAUUGUAGUGUUUUGGUCCACACAUGAAGUGUUUAUAGGAGAGAGAGAGAACCCCAGACCCAGCUGAGGGCUCAGAGGUCCAGUGCUGCGUUGCUUCAGGGGUCUCGUCUUCAUGUCUUGACCCCACUGUGUUUGAUUAGGUUCAAGUUCUGCCUUCAAACACAGUCGAGUCCCGAGUAACAAAAAACUGUUUUGGCCUAGAUGACUCUUUUUUGCAAGCUGUGUAAGCACAGGAAACAGGGACAUAACUGGGAAUUUUCUUCACAUGCAAUAUGUUUGGGAAUCCUGCAGACAAACAGCUGUGGAGACUGCAUACCAGCUUCUAUCCCUGUAGUACAGCUGAGUACACAUGCAUGACAUGGUUACAGCAUAGUGUCUGUAAAAGAAAAAUCCUUUUUAAAUAUUUAACGCAUAGGUUUUAUUUAUUUUUUCUGUUGACCAAAGCAAACUAUCUACUGAAACUCCACGUAUUAAAGUGAAGGUACUCUAUCUGUUCAAAUUACAUCCUCUAAUAAAAGAAGAUGAAGUAAACUAUUAUAUAAUCAAUCAGUUUAAGAGUAGACUAAUGGAACUGUUGGCACCAAUGGAUUUCCUAUAUUUACAGAAUUGACUGAUUAAUGAUUAUUAUCGGCAUCAGCCACCACCAGGCCGAUAUCACCAUUAUCUCCUUAAAAUGAUUAUACCUCUAUCUCGUCACCCAUUAGCCCCAUAUUUAAUCUAAACCGGCCAAUGACUGGUGUUUUAAUCUUAUUUUGUGUUGUAAUAUUCAGCAUCGACUGCAAAAUCAGCCAUGUUUAACAGCCUAUCACAUGACCCAGUAUCUGUGUCUCUCCAAUGAUUCAUUAAACUCCAUCUAAACUGUAUAAUUGGCUAAGUAAGACAACCAUGUAAAUUAGAUUUUGAUUAACUAUUCACUUCUGUUUUGUACCUUUUUUAGUACUAUUAAAUUAUUGAAAUAUAUCAGCCAGUUCAUAAUUAGUAUCGGCACCAGCCUCUUAAAAGCUGUAAUCAGUUGACUGUGAUUGCAGGUUUAAUUCAUAGGUAAAAAUCUAUGAAUGAAAUAACUAUCAAAGAUGUCACAACUUGUUUUCAACAUAAAAAAACAGAAACUACAUCUUCAGGUAUCUCACAGCAAGGACAAUUAAAACCUGUAAUACCUGUUGGCAAGCUUUCCCCACAUGAAGCUUGACCCUAAGUAAUUACAGGUUUUCAAACUUUCCAUCAGCCAAUCAGAGAGAUUCAUCUCCAUUAGGAUUCCUUACCCUGACAGGACUUUUCAUUAACCAGAUACACCUCUCAAGUCUUGAGACAGACUCUGGAUUCUGACUCACUUUCAAAGACUUUGAAACGUUUUGGUUAAAGAUUAAUUUUCAGGUGAGGAAAUCUUUUCCCUCUUGAGGCAACUCCAAAGGUUUAUGAGGAAGGUCAAAUGAAGGAGUUUAGCUUUUUGAAUGCAGUGUGUAUGCUAACAUUUGUGGUUUGUUUGGUUAGAGGAAACUUUCACCGAAUUACUUAACCAUCUGUUUAAAUCACCUUGGCAACCAGAGUGAAGCGUUAACCUGGAAUCGAUUUGCUGAUUUCUCACUCUGACUGACCUCACUCUGCUGUUUCUCAUGUAGACCUGCUGCAGACUUACUUACUACAAAAGGGUUUGUGCCACCUCUUUGCCACACAAGAUUCACGUUUCAUUCACAAACACAACCCUACCUGUAACCAAAUCCACCCCCCUCAGCAUUGUUUUUUUUCUACAGCGUCAGUGGAUCAUAUUUAGUUCUGUUUGUCUCUUAGUGAGGGCGCAGUCUCUAGAGAGAGGAGUUUGUGUUUGUCUUGAGAUUUUAAAUCACCAGAGCAGUUUUGGAUUCUUAAGGUGGUGAUUGAUUUUGGCCGAGAAUGAGGAGAGUGUGUGAGCUGGUUGGUCUCAAGACAACAGCAAGAGGGCGAGAAUCUAAGCACAAAAAGGUAAUACUCAACCUCAUGGUGGUGGUGUUCAGGGCAUCUACACUUAGUGGUACUGGCACCCAAACAAAACUGUUCCUUACUCUCUCACACACACACACACACAUACACACACAAAGUAACUUCUAAGAGGGGGCAUCUGCCAUUUUAGUAGGGGUGGGAGAAAAAAAUCAAUACAGUAUAGAAUUGCGAUAUGAUUUUUCUGGUGAUAUAUCGUAUAGUCUCAUUUACAAAGUAUCAAUUUUUCAUAUUAAUCUCUAAGAUGAAGUCAAAUCUAUGAUAAUGGAAAAAUAAAAUCAACUUUUUCCAGUGAGGUUGGCAGAGGUAGAGCAGAGGAAAGUUAGUACAACAAAUAUAUAAAUAAGGUUUGCAAGAUGUGCUACAUGAAAAUAAAAUACUGUGUAAACAAGACAAACAUAAGGAAAGCCAAAUGCUAAAUUUGAUAACUGUUGAAUAAAUUUUUACAAACUGCAAUGUAUUGUAUCACAAUGCUCACUGUAUUGCAAAAUGUUUAAAAUCGCAAUAAUAUCGUAUCGUGGCCCAAGUAUCGUGAUAACACCGUAUCAUGGGGCCUCUAGUGAUUUCCACUCCUAAUUUUAAGUGCUUUGAGCUCUUUGCUUUCAAGAAUCAGUUACUGACUAAAAAAAUAAAAAACAUUUGUGAUAUGAAAAUCUACAAAAGUGAAACUUAUUUUAUUAUUACUUAGCUAUGUCACCCAUGCCAUAAUGUGUUAAACCAUGAUGAAAUCUUUGAAUGCCAAUUCUGCAGAUGCUAUGCAGGGGUUAAUUCCGUAGCCCUGUUCAAAUACCCUUUUAAUCUUGGUAGAGGAAGUUGCUGGUUCAGCAGGAGAAAGAGCCGUUCAAGUAUCAUAUCUCAACACAUUAGCUGCUGCAGUACAUCUGUGCAUGUUUGUUUUGUUUCUGUCUCGCCCCAAGGGAGUCAUGUUGUUUCACCAGGCCAGCUCAGACGGUCUCCCCUGGUGUUCAACUAGCCUGUUGUUCAGCCCAAGAUCCCCUGCCCUGUCCUCAAACAUUGCUUCAUAGCUCAGGGUUGAAAAGAAAAACCAACUUUCCAACUCUGUACUCAGAAGGUGGAGAUUUUCUGGUGUGUAUGGAGGGUAUUUUCUUUAAAACAGCAGAUGAAACACAAAGCCUGUUUGUGAUCUGUGAGGUCAGACGUGUGCUGUUGUUACACCAUCCCAACACACAACUGGAAUAAUCCUUUUUCUUGUCCCUCUUCUACCUUGGUUACAUCAUUAUUUUGUAAACGAGUAAAUCAUUGUGAAAAAAAGAAUGCUGGUAGCGUUGUUAUCUAACAGUGAGCAAAUGUGUGUGCUUCACUUGAACUCUGUUUUUGUCAUGUGAUUUUGAGUGAAAGAACAGGAGCAGGCUGGGUAAUUUCUACUUUUGUCAAUAACACUUGGAGUGCUAGUGUGAAGCCACAGAGCGCCGUACUUGAAUUUGAUUUUUUCAUUGUUGCUUAGCAACAUUUUGAGCCCUCAUCUGCAUUGUAAACACGCAUCUGUCCCAGGCUAUAAGGUCAAACACAAGUGUGAGUAUGCUGUGCGAGCUCUUGCUAACAAACUCAGUCCAUCACAGGGAUUACUUGAAUCUGGAUUCCCUCCUUGUGUCCAGCAAAAAGGGGAAACUCUGAAUCAGUUCUCUUUUAAUGAGGCCCAGCAUCCCAGUUUCCCAGUUUCGUUGCUUAGCACACACACGUUUACACAAAGCUGUGUAGAGGUGGCAGUCUGCAGUAAGCUCCCAUGUGUCUCAGUAUUGAGUUUACAUUCAUUAUUCACGUCUCAUUUGCCUCCCAAUCAGUCUGCAAAGUGCAGAUGACAGAGAUCAUGAAGAGGUGUACGAUGGAGUCUGGCUGUAGUUGAUAUUACAGAAAUAAACGGUGUUUUGUUCUGUUUGCCUCACUUUUUUCAAUUAAGAAUAAGAGGUGAAGAAAAUCAAACCCUGUGUCAUAAAUAGGAGUUUUUUUUUCUGCCUCUAGCAGUUCUCUGUAUUUCACACACAUUGAUUGAACUCCACAUAACGAUUUUCCAGCCUCUGUUUUGGAAAAUAAGCUUUGGAUGAGGUGCUGAGUCAUGUAGACCUAUUCCUAGGUGGCACUCUAAUGUGCCAGUACAGAGACUAAAGUGUUGCUGCUUCCAUUAGUUUGCCUCGCUGCCUCCCUUAUACAAGAUAUAAUAACUCUCUGCCAUGUCAGGUUAUUAUGAAAUCAUGGUGGGAGGGUUCAGAUUUGCUGUAGGUAUUUUUUUUUUUCUGUUUUUUUAUCAUGCUAUGUCACUCCUCUGGCAUUAAUACCAUGAAAACUAAGGGCAGGGGAGUGAGCUGCAAGAACAGCUGACUGGCAUUUGUUUGGUAGGUUGUUGUAAGCGGCUGUGGAUUAGCACAUCAGCUCAUUCACUGCCUUGCUUUAAAUCCUAAAGUCUCAUUGUGGCAAGUGGAAAUAGAGAUUAAUGAGGUUUUUCUCUUUUGUUUCAGUCAAAUACUGGCACAGUCAAGACCGUAUGUAGGCCUAUUUUAGGUGAAUUGAUAGUUUUGAUCUGUCUUGCUGUUGCUGCUUCAGUGUUGUGCACCAAUAAUUAUGCCAACUCUUUUUACCUGCCAAUCACAAGCCACAAAUCAGGCAUAAAAUCCAUGUAAUGAUGAGUAUAUUUAGAUGUAGCCAUUCAAUUGAGUUAGUUACCUUUAGUAACCAGCUUUUUGCCUUCAUUUUAUCCAGUAAUAAAAAAACUACUGUGUCAUUUUUUCUGGCUGUACUCGCUGUUCUGGGCCUUGAGCAAACCUGUGAUAAUCUUGUCCCAAAACCAUGUCAUAAGCUCUUGUAUGCCCUGCUCCCCCUGAGCUCCCAAAAUGAGUCUCAAUCCUUUAGUGCAGCGCUGAGCUCCUAAAGCCCCUCAUCUAACCUGCAUCUGAUAAACCUGAAGUGACCAUUAGCCCUAUUAUAGCUGGUUAUAGGAUUCAGGCUUAUUAGCACCAUUAGCUCGCCCCUGAUUGAUGUCCUGGAGUAGAGUCGGGUCGCUGUGGUGUAGGGUCUGCUUUUUUAUUCUUUAUAAUAUUCUCACUUGAAAUAAGUCAAAUCUUUAUGGCCAAAUAGUUCAGUAGCUUUCCAAUUGGCAUACCUAUUUUGUAUCUAUUCAUGGUCCCCAGAUGAUCGUUUCUCAGUACUUCGUUUAGCUCGCAGGUCAAAUCUGUGAUGGGAAAUACUUAUUAACCACUGUGUGAGUAGGCACCAAGAUUAGCGUGUACAUUCAUAGUUACAAGAAGAUGCAUCUUUUGGUGUUUAGUGAGUCCCUGACAUUUCUGCUCGAGUUAACCCUGAGGUUAGCAGACUAACAACCAUUGGACGGAUUAUCAUGGAAUUUAGUGUCUGCAUUUAUGUCCCCCACUAAAUGGAUUGUUGGAUCAGAGGCUCUGGGUCAAAAGCACAAAAGAUUAGGGCUACAAGAAGAGAAAAAAAAUUAUUACAGGAGGGAGAUUUUUUAAAUUUUCAUUUCGAGAUUAAAGUCGAAAUUUCGAGAUUAAAGUCGAGUUUAAAAAAGUCAAUAUUGCAAGUUUAAUCAUUUCGACUUCAAUCUCGAAAGUUCAACUUUAAUCUCAAAGUUUCAAUUUUUGAAUCUCAAAAUUUUGACAUUAUUCAUGACGUUUUGUUAUCUCGAAAUUUUGACUUUUAUCUUGAACUUACAAUUUUUAAUCUUGAGACUCAGACUUUAUUGACAUAAUUUUGUUGGGUUUUUUUUAUCUUAAAAUUUUGAAUUUAAUCUUAAAAUUUAGACUUUAAUCUCCUUCCUGUAAUAAUUUUUUCUCUUCAUGUGGCCCUAAUCCCCUUUCAUAGUUUUCUGGCCAUAGACGCUGAAUACCAGGCAAGUACUUGGUAUUUAGGAUCAUCAUGCAGUAAGAAAUUCACGAUAGACUAAAGCUUUACUUUCCACUUGACCUAAUGUCGAUAUGUGACCAAACACCAGCAAAAUUAAAAUCAUUUCCUUCAGUCAAAGCUGUGGUGCUAAACCAGGUUCAUGUACAUGGUAAACAUUCGCCCCACUUGUAUAUGAGCAAUGAUACCAUUAGCAGGCUAACAUAAGCAUUUUCCUCUCUCUGUCCUGUGCUAAAAUGCAGGGUUUGAGCUCUUAACAUAGCUUUUCACUUUUUCUUCAUUUUUAUAAAUCAAAGUUUACCACUCUUCGAUGUUUGUGCUUUUGGGGCUUUGUUUUUUUUUUCGUUAACAAGGCCUCCAGAAGCCUUAGAAGAGGUCCAACUAAAGAAAUUAUCAAACUGUGCCCCACUUUAGGAAAUCUUUAGAUUUAACUUUUCAGAUUUUGAGCUUUAAAUUCAAUGUUCUUUAGUUAUCUGUCAGGUUUCCAAUAUUUGGUCUUCACAUAUACCCUUUGGGGUCAUCUGGAGCCAAGCUUUGCUUCUGUUUUUGAUGCACGCAACUCAGGGACCCCAAUCUCUGAAACAAUCAACAAUUAAACAUGAAAACAGAGGUAGGAGAGAGGGAGAGAAAAAGAGAGAGAAAGAGAGAGAGAGAGAAAAAAAAAUAAAAGGAAAGGGAAACAAUUCAUCGCAUUGUGUUUGCCGGCACAUGGUUGGACCAGUUUGGGCUGGAUUGCCAGGAAGCAGGAGCUAAAAGGAGGCAGAGGGAGAGAGGUGGCCUAAGAAAUGAUCAGACCUUGAAAGACCUGGUCCCCUCAAUACACAAAGCCUUCAAUCAGGUGUACACAAUACUUACAGCAUGCUGAAGAAGAAAAAAGAUGGGGAAAGCAGUGCGCCCUGUGUGAAAAAGGUAAGAAGUAAAGGAGAGGAUGGAUGAAAUCUGAAGAGAAAAUCAGAUCAGGUACUGGAUCUGUAAGAAAAAGCAAAAAGGUGGAAGUCUCAGGGAACUGUUCCCUUGCUUGUUUAUAAAGGAUGCAGUUCUUGUUCAGUGACAGCUGUACAGUACCAUCGUAGACCUCUGUAUCCUCAUAUUUUUGUUGGUGUUAGCCACGGGGGAAGAUCUGAUAAAUGAUGGAGUGUCCCUGUCAGCAGGAUAAGAAAAAGUUUGAGCUGUUGAUGAUUUUGUGUGUCGAUGUGAAUCCUCGCAGCGAUGACUCAAAUGUGCUUUGUGAUGGAACGGCAGCUUCCUCGUGUGUGUUACUUGCUGAAUGCCUCACAUGUUUUGUGAAUGAAGACACCCACUUACACACACUCACAUACACACACACACACACACACAGGCUCAGCUUUCUGGUAUCUGAUGUGCAGGAUGGCCUCAACUGCCAGGGUUUUCAUUUAGUCAUUUCUCUCUGACAGGAAUCUCAAAAUAUUUGCUGGUGUUGUAGCCAAGGACAGUCUUUGAGCAAGAGCAGUGAUAGAGGAAGGAAAUGAACAAGGAAUGACAUCCGUCCUUCUUUAUUCAUCCAACCUUUUGAAGCUUUUUCUCAACCUCGGUCAGGACACUGUGACAAAGACGACCGUGCACUUUCUCAGUGCACUCGUAAAUGAUCUCUCUGACAUAAGUGUUAGUCAAAAACUUCUGUGUAAUUGAUGGAAACUCAUGCUUCAGUGCAUGCACCACCGCUUGCAUGUGGAGCUCUUGUUUUACGGUUUUAUGAUUGUAAUAAGUCAGCUUUUCCUAAGUAAUGCUCAUACAUGAUGCAGUGAGCCAUGAUUUGAUAUUGGAAUAAAUUAAUAAAGUGAUAUGGCUUAAAACCAAGAUAAAAAAACCUCAUGCCUGCCAACGCUUUAACAGAAACAGGACAAUCUGUCCUCUGUGUCAAGUGUUUGUCUGGCCUUGUAGCCGGUCGAUCAUUGCGUCAUUGUCUCUGUUAUCUUUUAAGAGUCAGGGUGAACUCAAAAGUGGCCCCUCUCCUUAGAGAUGGCAAUGUUUUAGUUAUGUCUAUUCCCUUUAUCAUCAUUUUUAAACGUCUUAUGUUGUUAAGAAUAAGCUCCACUUACGUAAACACUUGAUAUUUAUAUAUCUUGACCGCCUUGGUGGUCAUGCAAAAGUAAUGCACUUUUACAUAGUCCAGCAUGUAUUUUUAAAGAGUUUCAAAAGUUAUUCUGACAUAAAAAACAAUUACAUGUUCUUGUGAUAUUCUUUAAAACAGUUGUACAAUCUGAAUCAGAGUGCUGAUCUCCGACCUUUCUCUGCCCCCUGUUGUCCAGCAGAUCCAGUUUGCAGAUCAAAAGCAGGAGUUCAACAAGCGACCCUCCAAGAUCGGCCGGCGCUCUCUGUCCCGCUCCAUCUCCCAGUCAUCUACAGACAGCUACAGCUCAGGUAAACACACAACUCAUACUUUCAUAGACAUGCUGUGAGUAUAACGUCUGUAAAUGAAUGUUUCUUACCAACACUAUGGGCACAUUUGAGAUUACCACAGACAUAUUUAAAGCAUCAGAAAUGUUUUUUUGAUAAUUACAGGAUAGACAAAGUUUCUUAAAGAAAAAGUGAUGAGGAAAAUAAUGCUUGCGGAGAUUUAGAAAUGGUGUAAUUGCUCAGUUUGUCCAGCAGAGCUCACUUCCUCUCUAUAGUUAACAAUGUUCUCAUAACUCUCAGCACUCUGCAGCACAUGUAGCAGGUGAUCACAGCCAACCUGACCAGCAUGGUUGGAAAUGAAAUAACACUUUAAAAAGUUUAUAUUUAUUUGUAUAUACUUCAAUCUUCCUCUUAAAGUUGAUAAUACAGAAAAAAAGUAUAUAUAUAUAUAUAUAUAUAUAUAUAUAUAUAUAUAUAUAUUAGGCCUGGACGAUAUAGAAAAAAAGCAUAUCGAUAAAAAAUAAAUCAUAUUGAUCGAUAUCGAUAAUUAUCGAUAUAAUUAUUAUAAUUACUUAACAUAUAUUUUAAUUGCAGCCCUGGAUGUUUUAUGCUAUUGCUUAAUGACCUACUUUUAAUAAAGAACACACAAGCACUGAAUUCAAAUUCAAACCUUUAUUCAACCACCUUUUUUAUUUUACCACAACUGAAAGUUUUUUAAAAAAGAACUAAAAAAAGAAAUCAACUUAAGUGGCCUGAGUGACGUCAGUAAAUACUGACAAACAUAAAGACUAAAGUGACCAGAAAAUCUGAUAAAUAAAUAUUUAAAUAGUCUUUUGAUGAAAAUAAACAAAACAAACAAAUAUAUAUAUAAACAGAAUAGCUUUAGGUGGGAAUAGCAUACUACCAGUUUUAACUGUGUGGGAAACUGCCCACAGCCUGGUGUCUGAACACUGAAAUAUUUCUCCCGGGGUCGGGAGAUUUAUUUUAAUUAUCAUGUGAUUGACUUAAUACACAAACUAAGCACGAGAAGCAGGACUUAUCCACGCCGGUGUUGUGUCGUAGAAUGCACCCCUGCCGAAUGCACCCCCUGCUAGUAGCCAUGAUCCAAAUACUCGCGUCUUUGUAAAAUAUGAGCUCAUUUGAACGUAUUUCCUCCGCACCCUUCUCACCUUUUCAACCCCUGACCCAUUUUCAUGCCUGAAGCGCUGUGUUUGAGAAAUACUUGCGGCCGGGCACUUCAUAUCGCGGGUCGAGAGUGCCUAGAAGCUGGUCGAAGCCAGGCUUUUCAACGGUAGUUAUUGGCAGUAUGUCCCUCGCUAUGAAGCAUGUUACUGCAUGGGUGACGUCCUUAUGCCGCUCGGACGCUUUGUCGUAUUUUGACAAGAAACGAAGUCCAGUUUGGUCUGCUUCACAUGCUUUGUGCUGGUGCUGGCAGCGGUUCCAGAGGAUUCCUCCUCCGACGACGACGUGGAGCCGCGGCGCGGCCGACACAGCUCGUACUCCUGCGGGUGCGAUCGGUUUAGAUGGUAAAACAAGUCGGUUGUGUUACCAGACUUGGUUUUUACUACUUCUCUGCAAAUUUUGCAAACGACCGCUGUUCGCUUUUUGUCAGACUUCUAAAAACCAAAACACUGCCAUGCUAGAGAACUACUGAGACCUUUUUUCGGGACAAUGUCCUCCGCUUCUCCUUGCUGUAACAUUUUUUCUAAUACACGUGCUGUCUGUUGUGGUUUGAUAGGGGCUGGGCUUGGUGCCGUAGCGUACCUGGGUCUGCGUUUGUGAUUGGUUGGGAGGAAGUAAUGACUGUAGUAAAAGCUACAUGAUAGGCUAUGAUGAAAAAGAAAGGGAAACUGUGUUUUUCUAUCGAACUUUUUAUCGACCCGUUUUUUUUCUAUCGCACCACACGUCUAUCGAUCGAUAUAUAUUGUUAUCGAAUUAUCGUCCAGCACUAAUAUAUAUAUAUAUAUAAGUCUAAUUUUCCCAACACCGAUUUCUCUAGAAGUAAGCCUUACUGACUGUGUGUGCUUCCUUGUCUGUUCUUCUCACACUCUGGACACUGUGGUUCAUGAGAAACCUCAGGCUCUGUGUUAAAGGAUUAGCUGCUGCUGCUGGUUAAAAGAAGAGGGGGGGGGGGGGGGGGCAGCUGGGAAGUAUUGGGUGUUGUUGAAAUUGAACUGACUCACCUGUUCUCAAGUACAAAGAGACUAAAGACCACUUUAGACCACCACCAUAAAGGGAUACCAAAGAAAUUUCUCUUUUAUGAAGAAAAUGAUAGAAAAAUCCAAUAAUGAGAAUGUCCUGUUUUUAACGACAGCUUUGAAAGCCUCUUAUUCUGAACAGUAACUUCACCUGCAUCUGUAAACUUAUUUCACAUAUAGAGUCUUACAUUUUAUACUUGGUACUGAACUUCCUGACCUUGGUCUGUAGCUUUAAGAUAAAAAAAAAGGAGAACUGCAUCCUCUAUUUCAGUCCGUUUCUAAGGUGAGAAUUGAAUUUGUCCGAGCUUCUCUCUUACACCCCCUCUUCUCCUUUCUUCACUCUCUCUCUGUUCACUUUUCUUUGCCUCUCUUUUUCACCCAUGUCAUGCAGCCAGAUAAGGGCUCAUUAAAUCACCUUCCCUCUCCAGCCUGAAGCUGUCAGAUCAUGACUGAAAUAAUGAUCCGGAGACUUUUUCCACUUACGGAUGAUAAUGAGAGCACUUGGUCCACAUUUAUUUCACUUAGUGGUUUAUGAAGCUCAUUUUUAAUAGUUGUGUUCACUUCACUAGUGAGAGCAGCUAAAUAGAGUGAGACGUGUCACUGCCAAUGAUUUUCAUAUUAUUUCCAGUCACAUACGGAUCCAGUAACUCCACUUGGAGUUUUUAAAAACUUUAUUUUCCUGAUUCCCUGUCCUCUCCUAUACUUCCCUGAACUCCAUGCUGCUUAUUUCACUGAUUGUUGCCACAGUGGAAAGGACACACUCAACUCGCCAGUAAUUUGUUUCCCAAGAUCCAUGUCUCCUUGGUAGCACCUCAGUUAAACUUUUUUUUUGAGAAGAAGAAGAAGAACUUUAUUGAUUUAUUAUCUUAUUUAUUAACUUUACUUUUACAAUAUAAUUAAAACAUUGAACAAUUCUGUUUUUCUUUUACAUGUUCAAUUAGAAACACUACUGUUAAUGAAAAACUGUGUUUUAGUUAAUAUUAUAAUAACUUGUAAUAUAUUUAGGUUUGAAUAGUUGUAGGUUAAUAUAAAACUAAAUGCUGAUUGGAUGACAUUUUUGAAAAGUGAAAACUGAAUUUAAAUGACUUCUUUGUCUUUUGGUAAAUCUGACAAACGUCAAUGUUAGAAAUUUGAGUCCCUUACUGCAAACUUGCGUCUCACUUUUGACUUACUAUGGAGUUUCUAAGCAUGACAUACUGAACUUGUUGUGUACACUACACAGUUUCCUUCUGAAGAACAUGCAAAUGUUGGAUAAUAUGGAAAAGACCCAUUUAUCACUGACCAGAUCACUUUCUCAGGCUUUGUCUCAGGAUCCUUUCCACUCUCAUGACCCCUAACAUCUCCUUUCACCCACACCCUGCCCUCCCUUUACUCCUGUCUAUACGGAUGAUAGAUUUCAAAAGAAUAGUACAUGGAUUACCACCUAUUUUUUAUCCUUUCCCUUCCUGGCAGAGAACAGCAUGUUCUGAAACUUUAUUAUUGUAACAGUUCUGGCAAAGUACUCAGUCCUAUCUGAUACUGAUCCAUGGUCAUUUUGAAAGAGUUGUAGGAGUGAAAUUGGCACCAUGUACCUGCUCAGGAGGACAUUAGAGGGCAGCCCCAGUGUAGUGAGUCAGCCUGAAGCUCAGUAAACACACCGUGCUCGUGCCAGACAUGAAGCAUUUCCUUACUAAGUGUGCUGCUUUAAACUUUAGGCACUAGUUGUUUUUAUCACACAGUGCUUAAAUGAAACCUCAAUUUGAGAUGCUUCUUUUUCAUACUGUUAAAAUCACCCUGGAGUUGCGAACAAAAGAAGCCCAAGAAUGGCGCCUUGAGGAACUCCACCCAUUAUUUUUGUAUGCUCUGUGGUCUAAGUUUUAUCUGUCUAAAACAUGGUCCUGUUUUGAUUUAAAACAGUUACCCACUGAUCCCAUCUGUCUUGCAUUAUUCACAUUUAUUUACAUAUCAAGAUUGAGACUUUUGUAGUUGUCUUGAUUGUCAUUGACCUUCCUCAUCUCAGAAAAGUGGUUGGGUUUUAAGCCUUCCUAGAAAUAAUUGUAAAAUUGUUAGAGGUCAUGAGUCUAUAGCGCAUUUGUAAAGACUAGCUUUGUUUUAAAGUGGAUUGUCUACCGUGGGCCUGUCAGUGUUUGUUUAUGAUUUGCAUUGUUUAUUCAUAUAAUAUGCAGUUUAACACUUUUUUUGGUAAAGCUGACUGUGGAUUAUCAGAGGGGCUUAAGAAGGAUUUUAGAUGUGACACCGUUUUUCCAAGGCUUUGAUUAUGCCCAGAUGCAGCCUUGUUGAGUGGGGGCUCUACCACUUGCUAGAGAAUGACAGUUUUUGAGUACUGAUACUCUGGUGACAGUUGAUAUAACUAUUAAUAUUAACCAAGAGAAUCUACAUAGUUUCAGUUAAUACAGAUGACUGUCUGGGAUCAGACAACAUAUUUAUGUGUCCUGGAAAUGUUCAACAAUACAGUCUAAGAUUAUAACUCUGGCUAAGGAGCAAUACAUCUGAAGCAAAAGAACAGCCUAGAAGUAUGAUACACAGUUGUAGCUUUUCUUGAUGUCUUGCUCAUAUUUUCUCUUCAUUCAAAUCAUUUACCAAAAAAUGUGUUUGAUUCAACUCAGUUGCAGGUACAAACGUCUGGGGCAAGUGCCAGUAAUAUUGCAGACAUCCAUUGUGAGAUUACAUCCCGUCAGGUUUGAGCACAGAGAGAAGAGACUCAGACGAGAGGAAGGAUUAGGACAGCGAUACAUGAGCAUGUUUUCAACAAGCUGACAUUGAGGCUAUGAUGUUUUGUCUUUGUGGCAUCAAGGCUGCUGUGUGUCAGGGUGUAUCAUCUUCGGCUCGGCUGAUAGGUGUCCUAAGCUGAACCAAAAAAAAAAAACGCCCCGUCAGUACAUAACUUCAAAUCUGCUUGGCUUGAGGCUGCCUACCCUAAAAAGAUUCCUGCGUUUGAUCCUUUUCAGACUGCAGAUUUGCAAAGGCAUUUGUUGACUCUCAAGAGCUUGUUGAACCCGUUGAUCCCAGUGUUGACCUGCUGCAGUGAUCUGCUAGCUAAACUUACAGCUCAGUCAUUUUAUUAAACACUUGAGUCAAAUGUUGAAUAUUUUGGGGUUUUGUUGGUUUAUCCAUUGAAAGAUUUCUGUCAAGCAUCCCGAAAGAAGGUUGUUUUUUUUUUGGUCAUGACUUUUAACUCUCUUAGAAGUUAAUUUCAUGACUUGUUCUUGAUGUGAAAUUGUCUUUAAAACAGGUUUUAGCUUUUUUUCAUGGCUAGCAGACCACCCCCUUCCCAUUUUUGACUGAUCCUAUAUUUCUCCACUGUAUAUUGUGAAAUUAUAUGUUUUCAGUCCUGUAAUAAUGACGAAAGAGGGCAAGACAGCAUGUGUCAGGGAUUUUUUGUUUUACAAUUUUUAAAUCGAUUUUUAUGUUCAAAAAUCGUUUUUUUUUUUUUUUUUUUUUGGCUUUGUUUUUUCUCAAAUUUAAGAAUAAAUCUUGAAAACUGACUUACAUGUUAUGGUUAUUUUGGGGGGAAAUAUGGUUCCUGGAAUAGUCAGUAGACAAUCAUAAUCAUUCAACUUAUUCACUGGUGUUAAAAAUGCAGACUAAAAAUCAAGAUCAACAAUAUUGUUAAAUCGCAAUUUCAAAUCGGCAUCCAAAAAAUCAUAGAAGAAUCGAAUCGGGAGAAAAGCAUAUCGUCCCAGCCCUAGAGUAUAGUACUUCUGGCUUUAUGUGAAAAAACUAAUAACUCUUUCUGUCUGUGUGUGUCUUUGUGUGUGUUUCCUACUUUAGCGGCGUCGUACACGGACAGCUCUGAUGAUGAGACGUCUCCUCGGGACAAACAGCAGAAGAACUCAAAGGGCAAUGGAGACUUUUGCAUCAAAAACAUCAAGCAGGCCGACUUUGGACGCAGAGAGAUUGAGAUUGCUGAGCAAGGUAAUCUUGAGGACUGUGACUGUAAUAAGAGGAGUGAACUUGGCUAGUGGUUUUGCAGCCCAGCUGGAUGCCUUUAAAAAUAUUGUAGAAAAAGUAUCCAGGGCAAAGCGACCAAAAUUCAGUUGUAGUCUAUUAAGCGCACAUUAUGAUGGAAAGUGUGUAAGCGCCUCCUCCACACUGCUGGGUGGCCAUAUGUCCCCUGCCACUGUAAGUGAGAAACACCAUUUAAGAACCGACACAUUAACACACAUCUCCACAUCAUUCCUUUAGCACUUCAGAGAACAUACAGAGGGCCUCAGCUGCACCCUGCAGGCUAUGUUCACACACAGACACACACACACACAUACACACAUCACUUAGCAUCGUUUACUCCGUCUGCUGGAUGAGUCAUUAGAUAAACUAGACAAAGUUUUUCGAAGGAUUCAAUGAUGGAUUUUCUUUAACCAUCCAGCUGAUUUCUCUGUCUGUUUUCAGAGAUGCCAGCCCUGAUGGCUCUGAGAAAACGAGCCCAGGGGGAGAAACCCCUCGCUGGUGCUAAGGUGGUGGGCUGCACCCACAUCACUGCCCAGACUGCUGUGAGUCCAGAUGACACACGCACGCACACACGCACCAAACACACAUGCACACAGACAGCACAGAUGUGACGGUUUUCCUCCCCAUCUUGACUCUCCCAUCUUCCCCAGGUGCUGAUGGAGACUCUGUCAGCUCUGGGCGCUCAGUGCAGAUGGGCCGCCUGCAACAUUUACUCCACCCAGAAUGAAGUGGCAGCUGCCCUGGCAGAGGGAGGUGAGGCUGACCUGGGGGCUCUCUUUGUAUCACACCUGCCCUCUUCUUCUCCUUCUUCUUCUCUAAUACCUUUAAGCCUUAGAUGCUCUCUGUUUCACAUCAUGCUCUCCUCCGGCAGAUUAUCUGUUUCCUGCGUCAUGUCUGCCGUGCAUUAAACGCUUCCCUUCCUUUUCAAGGUUUCAGUGUAUUUGCAUGGAAGGGUGAGUCAGAGGACGACUUCUGGUGGUGCAUCGAUCGCUGUGUCAACGUGGAAGGCUGGCAACCAAACAUGGUAACACACCUACGAUCUAAAUAAAGACGACUUAUGCAUGGCGAUUCUUUUUUCAUCCUACAGACCUCUUUUUAGAUCCAAACAUGCUCUUUUGAACAAGCGGUUAGAUCUGUUUGGGAGACAGCCUGCAUUUUGAAGGGGUUGAACAGGUUUAUUAGAUCGUGGUGGAAGGAGAAAAGGAAAAAUCCUCAAAGCCUUGUAAUGCUUUAUCUCAGAUCCUGGAUGAUGGUGGAGACCUGACUCACUGGAUCUACAAAAAAUACCCCAACAUGUUCAAGAAGAUCAAGGGCAUCGUAGAGGAGAGUGUCACUGGUGUGCACAGGUGAGACUCAACCUGCAAACAUGUCAUGUUAUCGUUAUUGUUAAAAAAGAUGUUACUCAAGAUGGUGCAGAUUAAAAAAAAAUCAUUUUACAUGAGCGGCUGCACAAGAAAAUGUCACCACAAAUUUAUAAACCAACAAGCAGAAAUGUGUUUACACGCUUGCACACAGAAUUUGUUGAGCUAACAUCGCCAUCUAGUGGUAGCUGUAAUCAAAUGAAUAAAGUGAUUAAACCAAUGCAGCACUGCUGUAAAUACAAAAGCGUUUUAAUUAGUAGUAAUUUCUAAGUGAUGAUUUAGAAGUGCAGAGCUUACAAAAAUGCUUAGAUAUAUAUAAAAGUGACAAGGGUCAAAGCUGAAGCCUCUCUCUGUAUUUUGUUUGUAUUUUUGUGUACGUGUGUUUAGGUUGUACCAGCUCUCCAAGGCAGGAAAGCUGUGUGUCCCAGCCAUGAACGUCAACGACUCUGUGACCAAGCAGAAGUUUGACAACCUUUACUGCUGCAGAGAGUCCAUCUUAGAUGGGUAUGUGACAGAGCCUUUCUUUUUAAUGAUUACCCUUCUUCUCUGAUAAUUAGUUCAAUACCUUAAUAAGUUUAAGGCUUUUCAUUGAGCAGUUGUGUUUGUGUCCCCAGCCUGAAGAGGACCACUGAUGUCAUGUUUGGAGGCAAACAGGUGGUGGUGUGUGGAUACGGAGAGGUAAGGCUGACAUUUUCAUCGAUUCAUUUAAACUCCCACACAACGCUCACUCACAUCACAGAGCUAAAGUCAGUGUCACUCUGCUGGAACACAGGUCGGGGGAAAUUACAGGAAAAUUACUACGAGCAGAUAAAGAAGGGGAUUUACAAACAGCAAGUGAUUCAAUAAAUUUAAGUCUUUACCAGCCAAAGUUUACAGGAUAUGUUGUAUGUGUUGCAAGUUUUCUCUAAAGCAGUGAUUCAAAACUGAGGUACUUAUGAGGGGUUGGAGGAUUACUAGUCCUGUAACCAAAAAGAAAAAUAUUCAAAGUGUGAUUCGAAUGCAAAAAAACAGGUUAUCAAAUAAACCAGUAUUAUUGUAUUUGAUAUGAGCUUUAGUUGGCCAUCUGCAAAUGUCCAGUUGCAAACCAAAGUGAUCACAAGAUACUGCCAUGACUUAAACUGGAUCAGAACAGUCGCUUCGAACACACUCAGAAAUAUCAUAGGAUCCAGUGGAUGGUCCAUCCAUAUGAUCAUGACUGGAGCAGGAGGGUUGAUAUAUACUAAGGCGUGUUUCUAUUGAAAUGACACCAUACAAAAAGAAAGCUUUGUGGUAUAUUGUCUCUCUGUCUCUUUGUGUGUCUGCUCUCUUCAGGUGGGAAAAGGCUGCUGUGCCGCCCUCAAAGCAAUGGGUUCCAUCGUCUACGUCACAGAGAUCGACCCCAUCUGUGCCUUGCAGGCCUGGUAGGAGGCUGCUUAAUGACUUAUUAGUUUCAUCCCCGGUGCUGACACGGCAUUAGUCUCAUGCUUUUUGUUUGUUCUCUAAAUCGCAGCAUGGACGGCUUCAGGCUGGUGAAACUGAACGAAGUCAUCAGACAAGUCGACAUCGUCAUCACCUGCACAGGUCAGUUCAGACCUCCUCUCGGUCUCAAGUUCUUUCUGUUCAGAAAAGUCUCUUUUUUUAUGAAUUUGGUAAUGAAUGCAGCUGAAGAGUCAUCUCUCAGCAGCUGUACUGAGAUUUGUCCUGUCAGCUUUCGUGCUGUGACAUAAUCCACAACCGACAGUGCAUAAAUAAAUGUAGAAGGUGUAAGACAUGAAAUGGACAGCCAGUCCAACAAUUCUGUCAGUGUUCUUUCAGGAUGACCGAGCAGAUAUUCACUCAUUGUCGUCAGUGUCUGACAGUCGCUAAUCAAGUUCCCAGCUCAGCAGCCAGGGAGUUGUCCUGAACUCUUAAUUGGGGCAGAGAAUUACUAGUCUGUCUGCUUCACUGCAUAAUGCUGCAGGCAGGUCUGAGGCACAGGGCUCUCCUAAGGAUGACCGCAAUUGGACAGAAUAGAUAACAAGAGGAUAAUAAAGUAGAAAGGGGGAUUGGGUUUGUGCAAGAUUUUCCUAAUGAAGUCUCUACGUGCUCUAAAACAAAUAGAAUUUGACAAGCAUUAGCUCUAAUAAGAUCAUGCACUGGUUGCUCCAUUAAGAUUGAUUCAUUAGAGUUCCUGCAGAAGAAUUCUUAAAGCUUGAACUUGUAAAUGAAUGAAACAGUUACACGUUUGGAAAUAUAAAUUAAACACAUAAAUCGUUUCCUUAGCAGAUCAUUUUAAGAAUAGUAUAGAAUAUUCCUUUAUUGGUCCCCCAUGGGGGAAAUUUCUUUGUCACAGCAGCAUCACAGACAAAGAGUGCAAAAAUGCAGUUAUAAAAAUAAAGAUCCUAAUAUUAAGAGCUUAAAUAAAUGUAAUAAUUAAAUUUUGGCUUUUUUGGCUAUCCCCAAGCUUUGCAAAUCCAUUUUUCUACAAACAAGGCCUAACUCACAAAACCAAAACUUACAUCGCUUGAGUGUUUCUGAAACCUGUGUAAAUAAGCCCAACAUGUUUUUGUAUAAUUCAUGCAAAGGGUUAAGUGCAUCACAAACUACACUGCACCACAAAUAGUGUCACUGUGCUCCGGCAUUCACAUCCACAUGCAGUUAGAGUGAAAUUAGGACUGUCCAGAUACGAUAUUGAUAUCGGAUAUUGGUCUUAAAUCAGCCAAAAAACAAGUAUCGGAUUACAUUGGCCUGCAUCUAAAAUCCCCGAUAUCAGCACUCAGAUACAAGCAGUCCAUUGCAAACCCCACUGCAAUGGCGUCUGCAAUGAAGACGUCGGCAAUUCUAGCUAGCAGCGCCUGGAUCCAACACAUAAACAGUGUUUACUAUGGUACAAACAAAGUAGCAAGGAGUAGGCCUGAUGUCGGCUAAGCGGCAGUAUUUUUUGUUGAAGUCCAAAAAAGACAUCGCAGCUGAGUGCAAAACAUGUCAUGCACAAGUUUGUGCCAAUAUCGGUAUCGGACGAUACUGAAGACUACAAUAUCGGUAUCGUUUCGGAAGUAAAAAAAAAGUUGUAUUGGGACACCCCUAAGUGAAAUGUUCACUGUCUGCUGACAGUUUGUGGUCAUUGUGCCUCAAAGUGUUAAACAGAAACUCUUCAGGGAUCAAUGCAACAACACCACCUGUGGAUGAACUAAAAUUGAUUGAUAUUUACGUGAAGCAGAUUGACAAUGACUGACAUUACUAUUUUUACAAUAAUCAGGAGCAAAGCUGUCCUGUGCUGCCUGUGACUAAACUGCACAUACAGUCUGUGCAUCACACAAGAGUGUGGAUUUUUUUCUAAUGAGCAAGCUGUUCCUUGGGUUACUAUGUACAGGAAGUAAGCCGGUUAUGAAGUGACAUUGGUGUCACAUUUGAAGUGAUUUCACGUUGAAAUGGUUAGUAUUUUGAGGAUUCAGCCCUGUCAGCAUAAAAGCGUACAGCUCAGCUCUGAGCAGCAGAGAGCACAAAUGCAAAUUACUCAUCUCACCAUCAGAUGCAAAAAUUAAGCAAACUUCACAGUACUGAAGAAUUUAAUGAUUGUUUUUGUGCUUGAAUAUCAUCAGUACGGUUUGCUUUAUGGGUUGGAUCGUCAGACAGAGCAGAUAGUUGGUGCAAAUUAGUGGCUCUAAUCCAGUCUCAGUUAAUUCCUCUUAUAGACUUUGCGUUGGCCGUCUCCGAGGUAUAUCCACCAACCCGGUUUUACAUUUUUCUUUCUAUAUUUGUUGAAGAUCACCAUCUGUGAUCGAUAAACUCGCUCUCUACCCCUCGCAUAUGUGCUGAGAGCAGCAUCUGACUCAUGCUCUGCAGGUAACCAGAGAGAGAUCAUCAUUUAGACUGACAGCAGUGAGCUUUGUUAGCUGCUUGUGUUUAUUUAGAGGCACUGUAGAAAAAAAACACAAUGUUGGCCACCAGCUAAAGGCACAGCUAUUUUAGUUUGAUCUCAAGCAGCACUUUGUUUUCCAGUGUCUUCAUAAAGAUGGCUUUAACCGGCUUUGAUUCCAACAAGCGGCAGGACUUAAAAGCUUUACACACACAUAUCGAAGAUUGAUGCCAUUUAACUCAAAGCUCUGCCACCAUCCCGUCUCUGUACUUAGAUGUUUACAGUGGGAUAUUGAUGUCGCACAGUGGAACAAUUCAGUCCAACCAUCAGGCCUCUAUUGCGUUCAUAUUGAAUGAGAGAUGUGAAUAUAAGUUUUUUUAAAUUGGUGAUCUGAAAAUGGCUGAAAACAAAGUCAAAUUUGAGAAUAAAGCUCAUGUAUUUAAAGGGGAAUCUGAUCGAUUAUAACAUAGGUAAUAUACAGUAGCCCCCCUGUCCCCACUACCACAGGUACAGUAUCAUUCUGUGUUACUGUAAAGUGACACACGGGCAGGAGCAGCCCUCAUUAAAUCACAUGUUCGCGCUUAAUUAACCGAGCUAAUACAAGAGAUAAAACUUCAUUACAUGGAUACAGAUUCAUGUCUCCUGAUUCCCCACCUCCUGUUCAUUUUCUACUCUUAUUUCACUCGUCAUUUUGCUUCUGUUUUAUAUUGUGCUUUCUUUCUUUCUUUUUAAUCUUCAGCUUCUUUGUCUUCAUCUGUUUUUCUUCUCUCUUUGUCUCCCUCCAUCAGGCAAUAAGAACGUGGUGGUGAGAGAGAACCUGGACCGCAUGAAGAACGGCUGCAUCGUCUGCAAUAUGGGACACUCCAACACUGAGAUCGAUGUGGUCAGUUUACCACCCCCACCUAUCUCUAACACAAGUAACAAAAUGCUACACUAACAAAGGAGGAGGUGCAGUUUAAGUGUCUUACCUUCUCUUUGUUGAAACAGAUCAGUGUAUCACAGAGGAAACCCAGAGACACGAUUAAGUCUCAGAGUAAAAUCAAGACUCAGCCGUUCAUGUUACAGCAUGUUUAAUGUGAAUCUGAACAAUUGCCUCGCAAAGAAAGACUAUUCAGUCGGAGUUGCCAUGGUUACUUAAUGCUUUGUUUAGGUUAGUGGGGUUGCAAGAACGAACCCUUAAAACGCCAAGGGCUGUUUAAAAGCCUAAAGGAGGUAGAGAAGCUUUUACUCCACAGCCGUCAUCGCUGAUUUUUUAAUGAAGGUCGGAUUGAGAGCAGCUUUAAAACACAGUCCAGUUUGGGAAAUGCACAGCAGCAAGUAUCAGGUGAAAGACUUCCUCUUGAUUUCUCUCUACCAAAUAGUGGAGCAGAAGUGCAGGGAAUAAAAAUAAUCCUUGCAUGAAGGGAUUAUUUCAAGAACUCAGAAUGAGUAUUAGAGAAAGGACAAAGUUCAGACGCUAGAAGAAGUUGUGUGACUCACCUCAUCAAGUUCCUCCGUCCUGGACUAGACCAAGCAGACUGAGUCAACUUUUAGCCCCAUGAUGAUACACAGGCAACAAUUCUGCAGAAGUGAAAUAUCGAAAAAGAGGAUAAGAGAAAAAAAAACCUCUAACAAUAGAUCAUGUCUGUUGAUGUCAUCCUGUAGGCGAGCCUGCGGACUCCUGAGCUGACCUGGGAGAGAGUUCGCUCUCAGGUUGACCACGUCAUCUGGCCAGACGGAAAGAGGAUAGUGCUGCUGGCUGAGGUACACACACACACACACACACACACACCAACACACACUCUUGGACAAAACAUGUCAGAAGAACCAAUUUCAAUUCCUUGUUGGACAUGAGUCAUUAUUUGGAGUUGAAGUCUUGAAGAAAAUCUUUAGUUCAGCGUCUUUUUCAGCCCAUGAUCGCAGUGACACAGUGAAGUUAUACCUCAGUAAUGCACAUGAAUUAACUCUUUAAAAACCCAACAGGUGCACCACAGAGCAAGAGUAGAGCGUAAACCAGGUCUGUGAAGCCUAAAGUCAGUGUUUGUCACAAAGCUGACUCUCUGUAAACCAGGCCAGAUUACUAUAGUAAUGGGGUCUGUAACGGGGGAACCUAGUUGGACUGGAUUAUAAUAAUAAUAAUUCAUUUUAUUUGUACAGUGCUUUUAAAAACCCUCAAAGACGCUUUACAUAGAACAUAAAACCCAAGAUAAUAAAACAGAGAAAUGAAAACAGUAAAAUAAAACAGUUAAAUUUUAAAAGCAAUUUUAUAUAAGUGAUUUUUUUAAAGGGAUUUGAAAGUAGUGGGGUCAGGGCAGUGUCUGAUGGAGGGUGGUAGGGAGUUCCAGAGGGUAGGGGCAGCUGUGGAGAAUGCCCGAUCCCCCAGGUUCGGUGCUUUGGCCGUGAUUUUGGGGUGAGGAGAAGGGCAAAGUUGUGUCUUAGAUUUAUCUGAAAAGCACCAUCGUUCCCUGUGAUGCAGACUAAACAAACGCUGUGCCUUCCGUUAGUGGUAAUAGUUCCUGUUUGUUUUAAUUUUAAGCUUUUUGCAUCAGGUAAGAAUCUAACUUUGAAUUUCAGCACCAAAUCAAUGAGUCAAUCUAACUUCUAUUUGGUGUUAUGAAAAAGUUAUUUCCAUGUGUUUUGAUGAAGUAAAAGUCUCAUCCUAAAUAGUUUACGCCAAGAGUGGUUAUGUGUUUUUGCUGCUGUAACAACAGGCAGAGGUGAACUGUGUCAGAGUCCUUUCUUUUGUGGAUUAAUUUGAUAUGAUGUGUGCGAUUGUUAAUCUUUGGCUCAGUUUUGUGUUAUUUCGAAUCAAUAAUCCCUGUUUAUGGGCUUUGGCCAACCAGAAUCAAGUGUUUGGUACUUAAAGGUAAUGAGCAUGAAAGCUAAGUGAUAAUGAUGCCUCUUAGUCUCUUAUUGUUGAGCUACUCAAAGAAAGACGGGUUAUAUUAAACUGGCUUCUGCCCUCACUUAUAGAAAAUACAGUAUAAUCAAUUUCCAGCAUGCAGGCACACGCACAGCCAGAAACAGAAGCAUCGCAGGUUAAGACUUGGUUUGUGUGCGUAUGUGUGAAGAGUCGUGAAGACUUAACACUUACUGACAGGACCGGAUAGAAAGGCCUGACAGCCCCAUCAACGCCUGCGCCUCUGCUGCUGUUUGAUCUGAAGAAGAUUCACCCAAUCUCACCCCUUCCUCCACCAUCAUCACUCACACAAGUCAAAAUCCAGCUGUGUCCCCAAAAAAGUGAUUUCUUCAGAGAAAAACAAAUAUUCCAACUGCAUCAUUCAGUAUCUCUGAGGUGAAGUGAGUUUACAAAACUGACGGGCUUGAAAAAAGGAUUCAUUUUUAUUUCUGUCUUUAUUUACAGGAUAAACUCUUCACACAUUUACUCAUACAAAUUCAGUCAAACUGAACCAUUUUUUUCUUUUUAAUUCAUCUUGAGAGAAGUAAAAGAUUGGAUUAGGAAUUUUAUCUGCAACACUUGUGGUCUUCCAAUUACCCUCACUGCAAUGCAGCACCUCAGACAGCAGCAAGAGUUCACAGUCAGCAUGAAGAUGAGAGACGCAAAUAAGACUCCGAAAAGCUUCUGAGAGGACUUUCUUGCUUGUUAUGCAACAGAAUGAAUUAAUACUGAUGCCUCUAUGUGACCCCAGAAAAAAUAAGACCUUCAGUGCUUUAUUUUAAGAACGUUUUUAACCUCCUCCACUGGACAAGUGUCAAAUGUGGUGAGCUACAGUGACGAAAAUGCUCCUUAUACACUCCAAUAUGCUUCACACUUGAGUUUCAUAAUGUGGAACUUGGUGUUUUUUAAGACUUGAAUCAUCUCAGUCAAACAGCACAUCCUGACACUCUUUUCCCCCUUACUGCAAAGUGUAUAUUUUUACCAGCUCUACUCUUACCUCGUAUUGUUUUUGCCCUCCAGGGUCGUCUGCUCAAUCUCAGCUGUUCCACUGUGCCCACUUUUGUGCUCUCCAUUACUGCCACAACCCAGGUACAACAAAGAAUCAGUGUAUUUACAAUACUUACAUGAUCAGCAUGUGUGUGUUUCACACAUACUUUGUAUGACGGACAAAGUUGUGUGUGUUUAUGUGGGUAAAAUGUGUGUGUUUUCCCUAGGCGCUGGCGCUGAUAGAGCUGUACAACGCCCCAGAGGGACGCUACAAACAGGAUGUUUACCUGCUGCCCAAGAAGAUGGGUGAGAUAUCUGUCCUAUUAAAAUGGGAUCAAACUCAAACAGAGACAACUUCAUGCAAGAUCAAACCUUCAUAACUGAAGUUUCAGCCCGCUAUAACGCGGGGAAUAGGGAUAAAAAUAUAAGCCGGCUUGGUACUUAAGUUGCCACCAAGCAAAGUGAUUGACAGGAAGUAAUUACAGAGUUUGUUGUUGCCCCAGCAGAGGGCCUGCAGGCAUAUUACAUAUACUUCCACUGACAACACACUUAUGCUAUCAUCUAUUCAGUGCAGGGUCGUCUCCCUGGAUAGCAGAUCAUUCACAGUAGAAUAAGUAAAGUGCGUCUGUGCUUAUACUGCCUCUGUGCAAGCUUGUCUACUCCGUAGCCAGUCACAUAUCUCAGUUUUUCCCCUCAGUCUGAGAGAGCAGAGCACGUACUUAGACAAGAUAAACAGAGAGCCAAAUGUAGGUCACACUGUCAGUGAUGGCUGCUGCUGCCACAGCACAUGCUGACAGGAAGAUGAUGAAGUCAGAGGAGGAAGGAAAGGCUGAGAUAAGGAGAGAAAGACACAGAAUGAUGAGGAGAGGAAGCAGAGGAGGAAGAGAUGGAUGAAGAUAAGGAAAGAGUGAAAGACGGCGUACUCUGGAUCUCUGCUUAUUCUCUUCCCUUUCUCAUUUGAAAGAUUAAUCAGCCACAGAUGUCUGCUGAAUGCUAACAUGUCCCUUCUCUCUCUCUCUCCUGUCCUCCAGAUGAGUAUGUGGCCAGCCUACAUCUCCCUACAUUCGAUGCACACCUCACAGAGCUGAGUGAUGAGCAGGCCAAGUAUCUGGGCUUGAACAAGAAUGGGCCCUUUAAGCCAAACUACUAUAGGUAUGAAGACACUUACUCUGAGCGCUCUUUCUUUGUCUUGUUUAGUGGUUAAGAUGAUGAUCCUGAUUUAAACAGGUUCAAGGUUCAGGUUUUAUAAUUUGCAGGUUCAUGUUAUUUAAAUUACUACUUUUUCAAGAUAUCAAAAAACCUAAUUCAGUGGUUAUUGCUCUCUUGGUUUAUAUUUUGUUUCUACAGUCCCAAUGCCAUAAAAGUAAGAUGUGUUAAAAAAAGUUUUUGGUGGUUUGCAAAUCAUUUAAACCCUUAAACUAACUGGAAAUAGAGCAAAGACGACAUAUCAAACAUGAAAACUGACAAAUUUUAAAUUUUUGAUUUGAAUAAUACUUUGAAAAAAGGUCAUGGCCAAUGAAACGCCAACAAAAAGAUGAAUUUGUACGAGGUAUAGAAGAGCACUCCAGAGGGGCUAAGUUUCUCAGAAGUGUUUCACCUCUCUGUGAGAGCAAAUAGUUUGACAGUUUCAGAGUGUUCCUCAGAGUAAAAUUGAAAAAAAUUGGGGGAUGUCAUCAUCUACAAUAGAUAUUAUCGGAGAAAUCUCUAUGCAGAAAGGACAAGGCUGAAAAUCACUACUUGAUGGCCUGCAGCUGUAUGAGCUUCAAAUCAUUUCAAAGACCAUUGUCAGCGCACUCAGUUCAUCAAUACAUCCACAGAUGCAGGUUUAAACUGUGCCAUGCAGAGAGACAAACAUAUGAUCCAUGAAUUGCGGCUGUAACCGGAGUCCAAGUGGGAAACUGCCCUGUGGUCUUUUGAGUUAAAAUGAUGCCAUGGAGGAACCUUCCUUCUUGUUAUCAGAACACAGUUUAAAAGCCUGUGCCUGUGAUGGUUUAGAGACCCAUUAACGCCCGUGGCAUGGAUACUUUACUAAUCCCUAGGAGGACAUCAUUAAUAUUUAAGUUUGAAGCAACAUAUUCUACCUUAAAGAUAAUACCUUUUAUCAGGAGACACCUUCAUAUUUCAGUGACCCGAAGCCAAAACACAUUUUGCAUGUAACAGCAUGGAUCAGUAGUAGAAGAGUCCUGCUGCUGAACCCGCCCAGCCAGUCCUGACCUAUAAAUCCAGAUACUGUUGUCCUUGUUUUUUUUUUUCAAAAACAAAGAAGAAAGGUGAAGUAACAUAAAGUUCAACAGCCCCCUGUCCCAACUUAGUUAUAAAAAAAAUCAAGUUGUUCAGUUUCAUUAUGUGAUUUGUUGUCAAAGCAGUGUUCUCUAUUGAGUCUCGGGUUUCAGUGAUUUGUGAGCCAUCAAACUCAACAUGUGACGCCGUUUUCAGACCUUUUUAACAGAAUUGGUUUCAACACGUGGAACAUUUAUUUUGGUUUAGUUAGAAUUCAAGCAUUAAAAGUAUCAGGCUGGUUUGGGAGAAGGUUGUUGUUUUGGCUACAGCAGCUCAGUUACAUAUCACGUUUAUUUCACUUAUUAAUCUACUGCAGAGUUCCCUGGAUCGAAUUUCUUAUUGUGUUGAGUUUUAAAACGAGCGACAAACAACGUGCACAAUGAAGAAGCAAUUCAUAAAAAACGUGUGAGUGUUUUGCAAAUCUAGGGUUUCUGUCCAGCAUGAAAACCAAAAACCUGCUUUAGUUAGGUCACUCCCAUCAGCAUUGGCAGCACUCUGUGUUGGCAUGCUAAACUGCAACGCUGUAGAAGAUCAAUAUUUACCUGCUUAUCAACGGCCUUCUAGCAUUGUCAUUGUUAGCACUGACAGCAUUUUGCUGCUAACAUGGCUGUAGACUCACAUAGUCUGAGUCUUACUCUAUAAAGUUGUGAGGAGUAACGUUUUUGAUUCGUUUGCUGCAACCAUCCGAAUGUUCAUGCUUGUUCUGUUUCUUCUCUUAAAGGUAUUAA